UUGUAGCUUAAUCUAAAGCUACACUAAGUAUAUGGAGAAUUAUGCUGUGUGGGAAGAAGAAUAGUAACCUUUAUUUUAAGAGGGUGACACCAAUUACUAUGAAAAGUAUUCUCCCUAGGUGGCCCUCUAAAAGCAAAAUUGAUCAUAAUAAAUUACAACAGUCAUGAUAAAAAGCCUAUUUACAAAUAGUAAUGAUAAUAAAAGAUCUUAAAAAUUCUAGUAUUCUCCCUCUCUAGUGGCCCUGUAAAAACAAAAUUGAUAACAAUAGAAUUACAACAAUCAUGAUAAAAAGCCUAUUUACAAAUAGUGAAAGGUUCUUAAAAAUUCUAGAGAUUUAAAAAAGUGAGAGAUGUUAAAAACGGAAGUGAGUACAUUGGUAAAAAAGGGAAUCCAAUCUACAAUGAUACUAAAAAAAAGAAGCAUGGAUUUUAAAAAUCAGAAUAACUUUUUAACUUUAAAAUUGUCCACCGUAUAGUUUGAGGCGACGUUAUUAGUCAGUGUUGUCUUCAUUAAGCUAAAGGGGUGAACUAAGUUAAGAGCAUUUAGUUCUUUAAUAGUGGAAUAAAAGAAUGUUUUCCUCAUUGCUUCAGUUCUGGGUUUCGGUAAGCAGUAUAAUGUUUUUGUUCUGGUAGAGUACUUGUGUUCAAACUGAAGUGAGUCCAAGGUUGUAAUUAAGUACUCCGGUGCCCUACCAUCAAUAACUUUCUUUAAAAGGCCGAGUUUAUUCAGCUUGAAUGGUUGAUCAACCUGUUGCCACUUAAGCUUUUAAAAAUUAUCAUACGAUUGUGCAUCCCGAGGACUAUCCAAAAUUAAUCCAGCGCAGCAUUUUUGAGGCAGAGUAAUUUGAGAAUGUAGUCUCACCGUGACUUUCAAUUUUAGGACAUGCUUCAAAACUGUAAAGUUGUUGACAUAAGAUGGAGGACUUUAAGGAAUAUUCAGGUGAUUGUGAUUAUUUAAUGAUAAUUUUUAUUUUGUUUAUUAGCUUUAAAUGAUGUAUAUUAUUUUUGCCAUUAAUGUCGUAGUUCCUUUAGCUAGGCUUUACAAUAAAGUGUAAUAAAAUAAGACAACGAACAUAUGGCGUAAUGAGGGGAACACCGCUCUGCAAUCGUCGUGGUGGAUGACUUCCAUAGCAUGACCAUAAAGCCUUACUUAUCUCCCCGGCGCUAAUUUACGCGCACUGGAUCGGACAAGUUCCGGUAGGUCCGAAAGAAACAAACUUAAUACGACCUAACACUCCACGGCACUGCAAGCUGAAACCUCCGGCCUGCAUCGUGCAACUUAAUAGAACAGUGUAGGCAAAUAUUUUGUUCUAGGAACUUUAUCUUAUCAGCACUGUGAGCCAACUCCGCCGGCAUGUGCUGGAAAACAAUCAAAUAUAAAAGUUUGCAUUGAAAUCAAAGCUUGGGGAAGUCGCCAUGAGACUUAAACUGAAGAUGAAAGAAAGCGGUGAGCCAGUGUUUAUUGGGAACAACAGCAAGGCCUCCAAAGGGAGGGAAGGGUAGGAAUUACAAAACUUUAGGAUGGUUGAAGUGACCAACUUCGCAAUACAGCUCGGAAUGAGACACAGGACUUUUACUAGGCCUUUUAUAGUCCAAGUGCUAUCCCAAGGUAAGCCGAUGAAAAAUACUGUACUACAGAAUAGAACGUGCACCUAAAGUGCUCCAUGAGAUAUGCAUGGGGAAAAUUAUUUUUACUAGCCAUACAAAACGAGCGAUACGGUAGAAACUAGCCCCAACUGCAACAAUAACAAGGAUUGCUAUUGUAUCAGUAAUUUCCCAGCUAUAGCUGUGAUUAUAUGUACUACCCAGUACUUUUACCCACCAUGAGUAAACUUCCACGAGAUUUGAUAAGGGCUAUAGCAUAACACUGCAUUACAUGUUGUUGAUUGAGGGCAUCAUGCUCCAUUAACUGCAUUUUACAAUUGAGUUGUAAAAACUUUCUUUGUCUGUUAAUCCUUUAAGUUCAAAAUGUGACCAACAUCAAUGCUCCCAUAAUAGCAAUAUCAAUACUUAACCAAGAGAUUAUAGUGAGAAUUAAUAAAGUCAUUACCAAAAAAUGUUUGAUCUCUUAUCAAAUUCUCUUUACUUAUACUGAAAGGAAAUGUAUAGAGUUCAGUCUGGAGAACUGGUGUAUGCAUAUGGAUACUAGAGCUUAACAAUUAACCUUUAAUUUUUUUUCACUUUUUUAAAUAGCUACUUUUAACCAAUGGAGCUGUUGUGUCUGUUCUUGUGUCUUUGAACUCUGGAGAUAUUGAAAAAAUAUCAGUUGAUAAAAGCUUGGCAGGGAAGAUUCCUGAACAAAUUAGCCAAGGUAUGAUAUGAUAUAAUAGGAGGGAUGGAAAGUAGUGUUGUAGGUCAAAAUUGAAUUCAGGUUAAAAAUUGUAAUUGAUGAUUUUCAAUAUUUUUUGUUGUGGUGUCCUAUCCCGAAUUCAUGAAUAACUGGGGUUUUGGGACAAAGGACGUUGAGAAUAAAUCUAGGUUCAAAGAUUUUAUCCUGACUAAACAGUUUUGUCCUGUUACAGACAGAUAUUUGCAUUUUUGCGCUUUCACUACUAAUAGUGCUACAUGUACCUUAUUUAAGGCACAAGAUGCUGUGCACAGCAUGUUCAUAAUGUGAUCAAUUUUUACAGCCACAAGACAUUUAAAGUCACAAAAAUUAUGUUCCUCUCCCAUGCACCACUUUUGGUAGAUUUCUGUUGUAUUUUUAAAGUCAAGGUUUAUAAUAUUUGAUUGUCCAACCAGAGAGAAGAGAGUUUCAACAAUUAUAUUUAGGCUGUAGUUUAGGGGUAUUUACUCGGAAUGAGAAAAUUCUUACAGAAAUUGUAGGUUAAAUGUAAUGUGGUUUCUGGUUGAAAAAGAAACUCUUAGGAGGAUAUUUUGGUACUCGUAACAAAACAACCAGAUAAUGGACACUACAUCACCCAAGAAAACUACUGUUCAGCUAGAUUCUCUAAUAUAAUAGAUUUAGCCAGGGCUAAAAGUGAAACUCAUGUUAAUGAAUUAAUAAUAUUUAAAUAAAACAAUAAACAUUAACCAGUUAACUUUAAGGUACAUUCAUGAGAUUUUUGAGGGAAAGUGUUUCCUUAGAGAAGAAUAAUUUGACAAUCCAAGAGUAAAACAAAUUUUACAUCAAGUUAAUGGUCUUAUAUGUACACCGAAAAAUAGCAAUGUUCUUCGAUCACAGUAGAUUAGGCCUAGAAAACAACAAAAGAAGUUAAACCCAGUCACCCACCUACACUGCCUUUAUUUUAUAAGGUUAACUCAUAGUCUCUCCAACCUCCCCAUUGGAGAGACUAUGGAGAUAAUUGGAUAUGCCCGAAACAUAAUUUUAUGCAACACAUGAGAGUCCUCGGUUGCAGCUUGAAUUUACACAUUUCAUUCCUAGGAAGGCCAAAAAUUUGUAGAAAAAAAAUCAGGCCGGUCUUUUUGUGUUUCGGAAAAGAUUUUUGUUCCUACAGGUUUACUUUAGAAGUAAAUCGUGGCAACAAAUCUGGUGGUGUGUAAACCAGUCUUUUAAAUAUACUUUUUAUCAGUGUUCUUAUACAUAAAGUCUGAGGAAAACAGUGCUAUGCCUGUGUGCGUGUUUUUUAUCAUACAGACCUCGAACAGAAUUUGUUUUUCCUUGCCCUAUUUAAACCUAUAAUUCUGCAGUUUUUCACACUUUUGCAAGAAAAAUUGCACUCAUUCAACAUCCAUGCAGGACGAUCAACGCAUGCACUUCCUUUGAGCAAAAAAUUGUAGAAUUGACCACAUUAUAAAACAUUUGUGUGAAAAGAAUUUUCCAUAAUACCAGGACUGUUUAGUUGGAAAAAUCUGCUUCUGUGUGAUAUGCAGGGUAAUAAUAAUGGGCUUUUAGUGAAAAUGAUCAGAAAAUUUCCAAAAUCAACUAUACGGCCAGCCGGACAGGUUCUCACUUUUGUCAAGCACCAAAUUUGCAGUCCGAGCAGUCAGAGCCAUUUGAAUGAACAUUAAUAGAGUUAAGCUUUAACAGGAUAGAGAACUUAUUAUGUUUAGGUUUUAUUUCCCUUUAUUUGUGGUUUUGUUAUGUGAUAUUAAUUUUACGCACAGCAUUUUGAGCACUCCUGCGUGCAAUGUUUUGUUAUAUGUUUGACUGAAAACAACCUGCCAGCGAUUACAUUGAGAAAAAAGAGACUACUAACAAUCAGUAAAGUAAAUAUUACUCAGUGAAACAUGUACAGAGACAACAAUUUUCUUUCACAACGAUAAGUUUUGAGAGUAAGUGUCUCUGAAAAUCUUGAAUCAGGUAAGCAUAAGCUCAUAAACUUCAAAAACCUUGCAGAUUAAGCCGGCUCCCCUAUGUUUACUUCAAGAUGAACCGUGAGGCAAGAAUGUCACUCAGAGCUUUCUUUUUACAGCCAAAAGCAUAACUAAAUACAUUGUAUUCUUUGGAACAUUUUCUCUGUAAGCUUAUGUCAAAUCUGAUGCUAUUGGGUAGGACAGAUCAUUGUUUUGUGCAUAAACUAGGCGCAGAAACUAUGCUUGACUUUAGGAAACCAGAAAACAAACACAUCAAAUACAAUGAUAACUCAGGCUUUCCAUGCCAGUCAAGAUGCAGCUCCUGAAGGCCAUCAGAAUCGCUUGAGACUUUUUUUAAUCCUCCUUAUAUUACACAUUAAGCAAGGGGAAGUGAGUAAAAGCGAUCCAUCCGAAAUCAGAUUUCCGAUGACUUUGACAAGCGGCGCAUUUCUCAACCAAAAAACCAAUUAUAAACAAACCAGCCUUGAAUAACGUAAGAAUCUUGCUAGCAACUGUAUUUCAUUUUGUGCAUCCAGUAGAAAAAGACAGUUAAAAGCUUCACAAAAAACUCUGUCAGUUUCAGCUAUCCGUAAACAAGUUUCAAGAUGCAGCAUAAAUUUUCCGCAUGAACUCACCUGUCAACUUUUGACUAAUCAGAACAUAAAAAUUGGACGUAGAGCGUGACCAAUGCUUGACCAUGGUGAGAAAGGUCAAAAGCAACUUCCCUGUCUGUAAAAGCUGGCUGAAUUCUCGUGUCCGAGGUCAGUUUAAAAUUAAAAAUUAAUAGUGCGGUUUAUAAACACAACUUUCCAUUUCCUAUGCGUUAAAAAAAUUGAACUUGAGCCUGCAAUCAUUUGAAAAGUAGUAACUUGUCAGCGGAUAACUUCAAAAGCUCAAACUCAGUGGGCCGAUACCUGAGCCUGCAAUAAGGUCAGGUGAUGAUGGUCAGUGGAUGCUAUAGUUUGACAGCUGUCAAUUGAACUUCAUUAGAAUGGCAAAUUUUUUAAUAAACGGACUGUUAACUGGGAAUGGUAGUAAGACAUUUCAGUCUGGGUUGUAAUGAAGGAUUAAUGGGGGAAAUGUCAGAUCAUGUAUUUGAGCCCACGUUGUUAGUGAUCUGAUAGUGGUCUUCACAUGUCCCAUUUUGACAGCUGUGAAUUGUCCUUAAUUUGGGUAGCGUGUAUAACCUUAAACUUCUGGCAGCCAACUGACAGCCCUGGCCAGUGAAGCAAAGUUUCAUUUCAUUUUCAUUUUUAUGUUGGUGUGACAUAUUAUAUCAGCUUAUAUGUGGGGGAAAAACAACUGGUCUUUCAUCUGAGCCCACGAGAUGGUCAUGUGAUUACUGUCAGCGCAUGUCUGAUUUUGACAGAUCCUCAUAUGGAUGGCUUACAAAGUGUUAAUUUCUCCAAGCGUGACAUUUAACAUCAGCUUACAUGAAGAGUGUGUACGGGUGGGCAUACGUUAUGUCGUAACCAAAUUUUCUCGGAUGGAUAGUUUACCAAAUUUUCUUACCUAUGGUGCUCCACAAGCGCGCGCUUCGUGCGUGCCAGAGCUCUGCUAUAAAUUAGAAGUGGAGUGUGGAAAAAGCCAUAAUAAUAUGCCCUUUGAUAAACAAAUAGAUUUUUCUGCUUAAUUUCAAUUGCCAAGCAUUGUGUGAGACCAAAGAAGAAUGUGAAUUUAUAACAUUUAGCACCUUUAAAGUUCUUAAUAGAGAUCUUAAGAUCGAGGUUUGGUCACUUUACUGCAAACAACAAACUGCGGUUUGCGGUUAAUGGUUUCACGCUACCCGUCUGCCUUGCCUCGUCCCUGUACAGCGUCUUUCCAGACCCUCUCGGUCAAUGCAUUUCGGUGACAUAUUCGAGACGAACGGCCGGGAGAUGCCUAGACAAUCUUGCAAACCUGACAGGGAGGCUUUGGUCAUGUGACUUCUUGACAUUCGUGGUUUGCAGGAAAUGCCGAAAAACCUUAAUCUUAAGUUCUCUAAUUACAUGUAUGUCUUUACGCAGCGCAGCCAAGAAUAUUAUUUUCUCAUGGGUUAAAAGACAAGAGAGCAUGAUUAUCAAUGCAUGAAAUUGUUUUCUAUUUGAGAUCAGCCUGUACAAAUAUUUUGCACAUUAAGUUUGGACCUUAUUUCUAAUCAGUUGAAAAUGUGUUACCCUGGUUGUGGAUAUAAUUUUUAUUAGCAUUGAUAAUAGGUAAGUGCUGUCAAUAGGAUGUCAAGUUGUCAGGUAUUUACAAAUAGUAGGCAGGGAAUUGAACAUGCAAACUUACAAGGAAGUUCUUUUGCUUCAUUUUCUUUAUGUUUCUAUGAAAGUAGCAUAUUACCCAUUAAAGCAAAGUUAGCAUUAAUAUUAUUAACAAUGAAUUGUCAUCUAUAUUUUCAGCAAUUCUUGCAGAUUCUUUUCUAUUGUUCUCACUCAUGGACAGAGCCAAACUUUGCUAUGUCUACCUUAACAAGAAACCAAGCCUUGACUUUAAGAAGCUUGAUAAGCUGUCUACACUUGAGCCCAAGGUGCCAGAAAUAUGGAUUAUUUGCAUUUUAUAUGUAAUGUGUUUUUAUUAAAUUCCACUCGUGGGCCCCCCUCCUACCCUUUCUGAUAGGUUGGAGGAGUUUGAGGUGCCACAAACUCCAUGAGCCCAUCAGAAGUUACUUCAGGUAAAAAUUAAAGGUGAAUAUGUCUGAUAUAUUUUACGCCAUAUGACAGAGUAGUUUAACCCAGGUUAAGGUUAAGAUCAAUCAUCUCUGCCUACAUGUAGGAAUUUUUCAACUACAGUAUAGGCUUCACCAUGCACACAAGUACUACUGUUUUAAAAGUUACUUCUUCCAUCUUGUGUGUCCAAGUUCAGCUUUUCUUUCUUAGCAUAACUGAGUCUACAACACUCGUCAAAAAUCUUGAAACACUUGUGAGCGUUUCCUCUUCCCCAAUGUUGAUUUGGGUAUUACAGUCGUCUCAGUGCUCUAAAAUACACAUGGCUCAACAUUAGGGAAGGAGAGGGGCCAUCUGGGCGAGAACAAAGAUGUGAAGAGUGAAUGUAAGAAAUUUUCAAGAACAUUUAAGAGAAAAGGUUUCUGUUUCAACAAUUUGUGACAAGUAUUGUAGACUUGCACCAAGUUGCCUCUAUAAUUACUAAUACGGGGGUAAAAUUUUGUCAGUAACUCUAAGACAUUAGCACACAAAGCAAUAGUUAUGAGCAACCCAAGCAAGCAAUAAGACAAAGCCACAUGACCUCAGAGGUUUUUGUGAAAUUCUAAGUUGAGUCCAGCCAUCCAUAAUAACUAACCCUAUUAACUUGCUAAGUGCAGCCACAGCCAUUAUACACUGUAGCACAGUGGUGUAUAAUUGUGAACUAGUUCUCAAUCAAUUUUUUUUUACACACACCAUUUUUUACCAACAUUUCUCUGAAAAAAACUUUACCUGACAGUGACAUGAUCCGCAAUGACAUAAUGAACUUUAUGAAAAAUAAGCCCUUCCCUCUCCCUUUUAUACCAAGUUUUCAAUCCACAAGCAAAGAAACAGGCAUUUGAGCUCCUAGACCUGAGUUGCUUGAAGGCUGCUGGUUAGUGCAAAUUCAGGAGGGUUAGUUACCAUUGUAACUCAUAUUUUCUGAUUGCGGUUAACUUUAUUAGGAUUAGCAGUAACUUGGCUUCGAAGUAACAACUCUGCCCAAGAGGGAACUCCGUAACACACAUGAUGAAACAGCAUGGGAUAAAGCUAGUUUAAUAUAAUUUAAAAAGGCAAUGAAAAUCAGCUGUUCAUGAUCACCGUCAUACAAGACCAAGGCUGUACAACAAUAACGAUUUGAAAGGAAGAGAAAUCAAACAGUAGAAAACUGAAGAAAUUCAAGCCCAUGACCUUCCAGUUUCUAGAUUAAUUGGAUGCUCUACCGCUGAGCUACUGGAGGCUCUACAUUAUGUGUAUUUUAAAACCACAGUACUUGUACUACGGUCUUAUUUCUAUUUACUUUUCACCAGACCUCAUACGUUGAUGUCCCUGGACCAUCAAUUAAAAGACUUCAGAGACAUUUGUCAGUCAAUUCAAGACAAGAUAUGGUAAGAUUUUGUGUUGCCUUCAUGGAACAUUAAUUUGAUGGUGUCCUUUUUUUCCCAUUUGAAAGGAGCCCAAACAAAAAUCUGCUUUUGAAAUAAUAGAUUUUCUUUUUACUUUAUCCUCGCUACAGGUGUGUAACAAAUAAAUUUGUUGCAACAACCAUGAGCUGUCAGUUUUUGCAAUGGCUUACAAUUAUCGCUUCUAUUUACAAAAUCGCAAUUCAACUCACUGCUCGGCUCUCAUGUUAUGGUUAUUACACAAUUUUCUGUGCUAACUUUGCACCAAUUUACCUUUCCCUCUUCAUGUUAUUAUCUAGACUGUUUAUGGAUUCAAAAAUAUUUAAAAUAUGUAGUCCAAUAGACCUUUUUACCGAUACGGCAGCCAUAUUGAAUUAAUCCAAUUUAAGGAGUAUUAUAUUAUUUGUAUUUUAGAGCGCUUUUCGGGACAUCUUUUCUUAAAGUUUUCUUAGAAUAAGAUUGUAAUGGGAAAAAAGAUCCUUGUGCCCACAGGCGGCCCAGACGUAGUAUGUGUCACUGAAUGAAUAUAUUAAUAUCCACAUGGACAAAUUAAUGCGAUGAGUCGUCGAAACUCCCAUGGACUAAAAUAGUCCAAAAGUCAAAAUAUAACAAAACAAAGCUAAGAUACCUUCAACUGAACGUAUCCUUGUCAUUCCUGGCCGGUUUAAGUGGCAUUUUGCUGAGUUUUGCAAUUGUAGGUACUAUCCACUAAAGAAGAAUUAAAAGGCUGGCUACAAAACAAACAGACCAUCUCCACGCGCCUUCACACGAAGCGCUAUAAAUUCGAGAAUAAUCGACGAAUCCGCUCCAAAUAACCAUCGGCUAAUCUGCAGGUAACGUGUGCUCCUGCUUCUGGCUCGCUUGCUCCACAAAACCCAUCGCAACUGCACAAUAAUUGCUCGCUCAUCAACAACCACUGUUGACCUUUACGCUUCGAUAUGACCGCAAAUGACCAGGUUUAAUACGCGACGUGAAUAUUCAAGCUUAGGAACCGUGUUCGUGCAACAAUGCAGCACUUGCUAUGGGAGGGAUGGUACUAUUGCUUCUAGGUCAAUCAAUCAGGAAAAUAUUAAAUAUUGAAGCCCUUGUAAUUUUUAAAAAGAUCCAAUUUGCCCAAGGAGCACCGAACAGAUACGAAUCUUAAAGCGGAGCUAAAAAAAAUGGGCGGCAGUGGAAAAAGUGAACAAGAACAUGUACCACAUUUUCUCCAUAAAAAGUGAAAACCAGGAAGUUUUCUGGACGUUUCACGUUGCAGUCAUGCAAAUCAACGGCAAGGAAAUGUACAAGAAAGUGUGCUGCAAUUAGACCUAUUGUUGUUUUUCACAGUUCUGGUCAAGGGCAUCCAACUUUUAAUUUUUCACAUUUCACUCACCGGGUUAGGCUAUUUUUCGUAGAGAGUAAAAUGGAAUCCUAAAAUUUUCGGAUUCAAAAAUGUGAUGAAAGAAGGUAUCUGAAAAAUUAUCUCCUUCGUAAUACGUUAAAUUGCAUCUAAAAUUUUCGGGAAAAUAAUUCUGAAUUCCUCGUAAUUUCGAAAAGACUCAAGUUCCUCUAGAAUGGCCAAACACUGAGAUGCAAAUUUUAUAGCGCCACUUAGAAUGCAUUUCUAUAGAGCUAAAAGUACUUUAUGAAUAGCUACAAAAGUGUUUUCAAUUGAAAGUAUUUGAGGAAACAGUCAUUGGGUGGCCCUGUCUCGUUGCCUUCUCCGCUUAGCAUUACACGAUAUAUUUUAUAUUUAGUAUGAGAUCAUUAGCUUCGCUUUUAGCCCUAAAUUUAUGUAAGCGCUGUUUACAAUGCAUUUUUCGAUCAAAAGUACUCUGGACAGCCUUAAAUGUGUUUUCAAUGCAUUUAGGGGGAAAACAUCGUUGGGUGCCCCUGAGUUUUGAGAAUAAUAAUAAUCAUAAAAAAGAUAUCGCGCACAUAAAUUUUACUUUGCGAUAUCUUCAGUUGUAUCUUCUAUUCAGCUGCAUAGCGGGGGCCAGAUUUUGCCUUUUUUCUGGGGGGAAAAUUCUCGUCCUCCUUCACCAGUUUGGACAACAUAUUAUGGAGUAAGACGUUGUUAAUCUAAGCAAAUAAGUCUGGUAGAGUCAAGAACCUAUGCAAGCGGCUGGACGAACAAUCUGACAGCAGCUGAGACAGCGAACGUUAGAAGAAUUCGAACUUGAAAACCAGGGCUGCCCUGUUGAAAACUUACGGACGGUCCCGCCUUUUGCUUUCUGGUCAAAACUAACGCAGCGAGCCUUUGGUCAGUCGAUUGACCUAGAAGCAAUAGUACCAUCCCUCCCAUAGCAAGUGCUGCAUUGUUGUGCGAACACGGUUGCUAAGCUUGAAUAUUCACGUCGCGUAUUAAACCUGGUCGUUUGCGGUCAUAUCGAAGCGUAAAGGUCAACAGUGGUUGUUGAUGAGCGAGCAAUUAUUGUGCAGUUGCGAUGGGUUUUGUGGAGCAAGCGAGCCAGAAGCAGGAGCACACGUUACCUGCAGAUUAGCCGAUGGUUAUUUGGAGCGGAUUCGUCGAUUAUUCUCGAAUUUAUAGCGCUUCGUGUGAAGGCGCGUGGAGAUGGUCUGUUUGUUUUGUAGCCAGCCUUUAAUUCUUCUUUAGUGGAUAGUACCUACAAUUGCAAAACUCAACAAAAUGCCACUUAAACCGGCCAGGAAUGACAAGGAUACGUUCAGUUGAAGGUAUCUUAGCUUUGUUUUGUUAUAUUUUGACUUUUGGACUAUUUUAGUCCAUGGGAGUUUGGACGACUCAUCGCAUUAAUUUGUCCAUGUGGAUAUUAAUAUAUUCAUUCAGUGACACAUACUACGUCUGGGCCGCCUGUGUUGUGCCGUGUUUGGAUGUAAUAAUGAUCGCCUUUUUCUAGUUUAGUAUUACAAAUAUGGACUCUUUCACUGUAUAUUUCUCGGCAAAAAGGCAAUCAUUAUUGCAUCCAAACCCGGCACUAGGAUCUUUUUUCCCAUUAGAAUCUUAUUCUAAGAAAACUUUAAGAAAAAAUGUCCCAAAAAGCGCUCUAAAAUACAAAUAAUAUAAUACUCCUUAAAUUGAAUUAAUUCAAUAUGGCCGCCAUAUCGGUAAAAAGGUCUAUUAAAAGACCACCAUGCUUGGCCAGACAAGCAUUCCUAAGAUAUCGAAGAAAUCAACACUGUUGACAAGUAAGGCACUUCGAAUAUGUGCUAACUGACACGUGGCAUAAUGUUAGAAUGUCACAUGCAAGGCGAAAGAAUGCAGGUCAAGUUUCAUGGGUGUCUACAAAACAAAGACCUAAGACCUAAGACCUAAGACCCAAAAACGAAGACCCUAAAACGAAGACCCCAAAAUGAAGACUAGUUUUUUUUAAAGGCCUAUCAAACCAGAGCCAGUCAAGCCGGGUCAACGCUUUUUCUCAGACACCAACUGACGCGAAAUGAAUGGGGUCUUCAAACCAGAGCCAGUCAAACCGGGUCAACGCUUUUCCUCAGACACCAACUGAUGCGAAAUGAAUGGGGUCUUCGUUUUGUAGAUUAAGCCGGGUCAAACUACAAAACGAAGACUCUCGCGUAAAUGCUUUGUUCGUUGUCAACUGAUACGAAAUGAAUGGGGUCUUCGUUUUGUAGAUUAAGCCGGGUCAAACUACAAAACGAAGACCCUCGUUUAAAUGCUUUGUUCGUUGUCAACUGACGCGAAAUGAAUGGGGUCUUCGUUUUGUAGAUUAAGCCGGGUCAAACUACAAAACGAAGACCCUUGCUUAAAUGCUUUGUUGGUUGUCAACUGACGCGAAAUGAAUGGGGUCUUCGUUUUGUAGAUUAAGCCGGGUCAAACUACAAAACGAAGACCCUCGCUUAUAGAGGCCGAGACACACGAUGCAACAAAUCGCUGCGACACGUCGCCGCGACAGGUUGCUGCAACAAAUCGCCUCGUGUGACAUGUGAAAUAAGGCCGGCUCGAACUACAAAACGAAGAUCCUCGCUUAAAUGCUUUGUUAGAUGUCAACUGACACGAAAUGGGUUUUUGUACUAUGUCGACAGUUUUUAUCGGCUUAUCCCCAAUAGACCCCACUUCUUAACGGCAAUUUGAAAACAAUAACUUGAAAAGUAGAAUAAGAUAAUGUAAACUUGCCCACCUCCGGGUACGGUAUGGACGCAAAACCAUUGGCCGCCUUCAUUUUCAAAAGGAAGGCCCUCUUUAAAGUAAAGAAAAUCAAAUGGUGUUUUAUUUGCAAAUCAGAGGAAAACAUACAAACAGAAGGAAUUUCUGCGAUCCCCAGUACAAUUUACAAACUGUUAAUAUCUUCAUAUUCAUAUCUGAAUAACAUUAACAAAGAUCAAUUUGGGAACGAAUUAAAUGAAAUAAUUAGCUGACUCCCUUUCUAUCCCUUUUAAUACAUUUGUAUUGAAAUGCAGACAUGCUUGUUUUUAAAAAACAGGGCAUAACCUAGAGUAUUUUGCGUAUAUAUUAUGGUUUUUAAAACGUAACUUUGAACUGGAACAAAUUUUAAAAAAAUUGAAAGAUAAACAGAUAACUCGAAAAACUAUGAAAUAUACAUAGAGAUCAGUUUCAGAUCAGGGUCUUCGUUUUGUAGCUUGACCCGGCUUAAUCUACAAAACGAAGACCCCAUUCAUUUCGCGUCAGUUGACAACCAACAAAGCAUUUAAGCGAGGGUCUUCGUUUUGUAGUUUGACCCGGCUUAAUCUACAAAACGAAGACCCCAUUCAUUUCGCGUCAGUUGACAACGAACAAAGCAUUUAUGCGAGGGUCUUCGUUUUGUAGUUUGACCCGGCUUAAUCUACAAAACGAAGACCCCAUUCAUUUCGCGUCAGUUGACAACGAACAAAGCAUUUACGCGAGGGUCUUCGUUUUGUAGUUUGACCUGGCUUAAUCUACAAAACGAAGACCCCAUUCAUUUUGCGUCAGUUGACAACGAACAAAGCAAGCGAGGGUCUUCGUUUUGGAGUUUGACCCAGCUUAAUCUACAAAACGAAGACCCCAUUCAUUUCGCUUCAGUUGACAACGAACAAAGCAUUUACGCGAGGGUCUUCGUUUUGUAGUUUGACCCGGCUUAAUCUACAAAACGAUGACCCCAUUCAUUUCGCGUCAGUUGGUGUCUGAGGAAAAGCGUUGACCCGGCUUGACUGGCUCUGGUUUGAUAGGCCUUUUAAAAAAAACUAGUCUUCGUUUUGGGGUCUUCAUUUUAGGGUCUUCGUUUUUGGGUCUUAGGUCUUAGGUCUUAGGUCUUUGUUUUGUAGACACCCCAAGUUUCAUUGAUGUUCAUUUCAAAAUGCUUAGCUCUGGGACUUUUUUAAGUUCUCAAUUUAGCAUGUUUUUCAAUGGAAAACUAAAAAAGCAAUAGUAAUCAAAUCAUGAUCAGCUAGAAUAAAUGUUCUUCAUAUGUCAGUAGAAAUGAUUACCAUUUUUGUUUCUAUACAAACGGCUGUUCUUCAUGGUCACCAACUUGGUGACUAUUUUCCAAAUCAAGUCGCCAGUUCCAAAAUUUUAAGCACUAUGGUGACUAAAAUGUUUGCAACUUGGAGGGUUGUUCAUUAUUUUAUUACCUGACUGAACUUAUUUCAGGUAGUUGUUUGGUGGUCAGUAAGUCACAGUGAAGAAGCAUGGCCUUGGUCUCCAAUGACAGGCGAGAAAGACAGGGCAAAUAUGGUCAUCUUUGGUUUGAAUGGGUAACAUAUGAUAUCAUUACAUCUACAUUUGUACUACAGUGGAAAAAGAUCAGAGAGACAGUGAAUUUGUUUCUUUCCAAACUAACCAAUGAAAUACUCUUGUGUUUUUCUACAAAGCUUUAGAGAAAAAUAAGUUAAAAGUUGCUAUAUUCUUUUGACAAUUAUUUUGUAUGAGCUUUCAUACAAGAAUGGAUUUGAUGAGAGACACUUUCUCACAGACUACAAAAUAUUUUAUAUAAUGAAUUAAUUGCUGCGGAGCGACCGAAGGGAGCGAGCAGCAACAUAAUCAGGAUUUAAAGGAAAUAUAUAAGGGGCGACGAAUUCUCGAAUUCAUCACUUUUUACCACAAUGCAUUGCAUUUAACCACACUUUUUACCACAAUGCAUUGCAUAUUUAACCAGAGUGCAUUGCGCCACGAACAACUCAAAUAAAAACACGGGGAAGUUCGGUGGGUGAGAGAGUGCAUCGUUCGCUGCUCAGACUUAGAGUUUUCUUUGUGGCAAAUUUUCUACAGCACGGUUAGAGGUCUUACCAAAUUUUAAGACACGCAGGAGUCUUUCAGAUGAGUAGGAUGGUUAACUUGGGGAUUGGAUUUCAAUUUAAGAGCCUUUGACUCGUCCAGGUGUUAAACCUGACGAGACGCUGAGCAUUUGCUCUUCGACUCCGCAACACGGGGGAUAUACAAAUUCCAGCUUGCUAGAAGGUGAUGUGAAAGUGAGAAAAUGUCAUGCAGUGCUAUUCUUAAGAAACUGUAUGAGCCGAAAAUGGAUGUGAUUUUGACCAUUCGCUGCAAAAUAACAGCGGAAAUCGAGAUAACAAAACAUAUGUUUUGUGUCCUACUUUGACGAGGGGCGUGUAUCGGCGUUUUGAAAAGCAUAAUUAUGUUCUUUCAUUCAUUCAUUGCCAUGGAAUAUGCGUUUACAUUGUUUUUUCACUGUUAAUAGCUCGGUUAAUGCGGCUGGCGAUCAUCUUGCCGGCGGAAGUUUCAUGGAAAGUCUGGAAAGGGAAUAAAUCAAGACUUUUCCUACAAAUUACGUAAUUAGCCUCUGUGGUGUAGUGGUUAGGUGUAGUCGCGUCGAGUCGAAGGUGCAGGGUUCGAGUCCUACCGAAUUCAUCAUUCCUUCUUUCUUUUUUCUCCGUUUUUUGUGUAGUUGUUUUCUAUAAAUAUAUAGCUAAAUAACUGUUACUUAAUAAAGUGCAACAAACAGCAAGAAAAGUAUUGUGUUUCCAGAGAAAAUAUCGUGCACCGUAUAUUAAAUAUAUAGAUAAACAAUCUGAAUUUCUAUUGUUUCCUACAAUUUACUGUGGGAAAACCAGAGUUAUAACCACUUGAUCAUUUUCUAAACAACGUUCCCACGAGUUCUUUCUAUAGACUGAUAGUAAUUAUUCUAGUACUUUCCAACAUGUAAAUAGGACAUUCAAUAUCAUUUUCGAUUCUUUUAAGUCUCGCUGCCUAACUAAUGCCAGUAUCAACAGAAUGUGCCGCAGCAUUACUAUCUUUUAGAUACCCUAGUUGAUAAUUAUUAUUCAUUCAAAAUAUUUCCCCAAUUCUGAUUGGCUAAAAGCACACGCAUAAUUUACCAUAACCAGUUACUUAAGACCAAAUUUGGAAGAAUUUUGUGUUUAACGAGGAAAUGACGUCAAAAAUGCAGCCUUCUACAGGUUAAUGCAGCAUUAACAGAGAAGACCUGGGGACGAGAUUGAGUUGUUUUCGUUGUAAAAAUUAAAAUGGCGGACACUUCACUCGUUUCAAGAGUAAGAACUACAGCUGGAACUUAAGGCAAAAUAAUGGCUAAAAACAUAGCAAAAACAGCAAGAAGACAACUCAGAGGGCGACAUCUGCUAUUUGGAGAAUAUUUGCGCAGCUGGACAAACCCAAAUGUAAACUAUCGAAGAUAAACUUAACAUCGAUGCAGGUAAGCUUGUUUUAGCUUUGUUUUUAAACUAGGAAUUAUUUUGAAUGAAUAAUAAAACAGUUGUUGAAUUCCGCUUUUGCAUCUUAUGAAGAAUUAUGGAGAUCUCGGAGGGUGUUAUCCACGACGGCCAACACCCUCAUCGAUCGCCAUAAUUCUUCAUAAGAUACUCAGCCUUAAUCAUUAAUUGUUAAAUAACCCAUCAAACAAAGCCUUCCUUGUGUACCAUUGACCCUUAGCCUGCAAGAACACAGACAUAAUUAUUCGAGUUAUCACUUCACCCAAAACUUUCGGGUGGAGAGAAGUGACCACCAGAAAUAAUGUCUGCCUUCACUGGGUCAUAAGCUUAAGCCAUGUUAAUCCAUUGUACGGCUGUCUCAGGGUUGUACGAUUCUGACGUUUGCCCAUUUGACGUGUACUUUUGUAACAAAAUUGAGAUGAGACACCGAUAAUUGUAUCCACAAGUCCAUAAUAGGAAGAGUCCUGGAAAGCAAUUAUGCAAGGUGCCUUCGAUUUUCACAUGGCAAGAGUUUUUGGUACUCCUGAUACAAUACUCUCUUAACAAUAUAAUGAUAUUUUUCGUAUUUAUUAUAUUGUUUCCUAUAUUAUACAUUUCCAGUCUCCAUGCAUAUCGUCAUUGUUUUUUACCAUUUCCUUUUGAAUCAUUUUUUCAAGGCCAAAGUUGGAGUUACUUGGCUUUGUCAGAACAGAAUGCGAUCCCAUCCAUGCUGCCUUCAGGUGUGUUAUGUGGUGUCUAAUCUCCAUGAAGUGGAUGUAGAUUUAUGCCUUAAGACAACUCUACGGUUGACUGAUCAUCGAUUGUACAUUAAUUUUGAGAGCAAUUUCAUCUGCACUAUGUGUUGAAAAGGGGAAACAGUUGGUGUCAAAAUGGUGGUUAUAUGGUGCUAAGUUAAGACAGGUGUCCAGAGAAAAGAGAGACUACACUGAAGUUAUAGCUAUUUUAGGACAGUCUAGUCGCACAGACUGAUAGCCUUUCCUUUGGUUGUCUUUUUCAAUUCACUAUAUAUUUAUGUCAAAAAGUGCCCUACAAAAGAGAUGUUAAUCAUAUACUGUGUUGCAACACAUCAUGACUGUUUGUCAUUUCUAAAAAGUACCCUUUUUAGCUGGGUUUUCAACAGGUUUUUAAAGUAGUGGACAUAUUUCUCAAAGUACCAGAGGCCAAAUGUUUUUGGUGCUGAAGGCCGCCUUGUGAGCACCAAAGGCGCAAGCUACCUAGGGGAGUCUGGGGGCAUGCCCCCCAGGACAUUUUUGAAAUAGCACACUCAGAAACACUGUUUCCAGCAUUUCUGGAACCCAAUAAUCAGUUUCCCAGGCAAUGCUGGCCAGAGUUUUCUCAAAUUCUCUUUAAAAAGGACAAUUUUUAAUGAAACUGGACAGUUGGUAGGGGAAUGUCGACAACAGAAAUUUCAGUUGUUUAUCAUGUUUUUUUUUUUCAAAAAAGAUGAUAAGGUACAAUAACUGAAGCUGUAAUCUUUGUCACUUCAAUUUCUUUUAUAUGAGAAGGGAAAAUAAUCAAGCAGCAAAGAAACUUAGGUAAUUGCAUAUUCUGUUAUCCUCUAGUCAGUAAGUUCAUGAGUUGCUUAAGUAAAAAAAAUAAUAAUAAAAUUUUAAAAACCCUCAAAUAUUGGCAUCAAAGUACCAGAUAUACAGUGGCAAACAACCAGACGAAAUGUCCAGCCUCCGGCCUCAGACAAAAACCCUCCUCUAAAGAGAACGUCGUGUCAACAUGUAAGGUUCACUGAGAAAAUUAUCUUUCUCAUCGCUGAGAAAGUUUGAUCUAAAAUACUGGGUCCAGUUGUUUGAAGGCUGAUUAUACUUAGCGCUUAACCUGGGGUUAAAUUUAACCCAGUAUUCUUUUUCGUGUGUUCAAAAGCAUUUUCUCGCAUAAUUUUCUAUGCUAUUUUUAGAGCUUCCAAUCAUCAACUUGUAGACAAAAAAAUCUAAAACUGAAAUGCCUUUUAAGCUUUCAAAUCUGAAUUCAAAUGUCGCACUAACCCUGGGUUAUCUUAACCCAGCUUUGAACAACUCGGCCCUGGAAUAUAGCUGGUGCUUAGAACAGGCCAAAUGGGAUUUCAAUCCAGUAAAGAGAGCUGUGUGUAGCAUAUAAAUUGAAAGCAUUCACUGGUGCUUUGAAAAGUUGUAAAUAACCAGCAGUGUAUCUGAAAUCUUUCAUCAGUUUUAAUCAACCACACCAUGUGCACACAUUGGAGCAGUCAUCAGCAGGUGGUGGUGAUUCUAGUGUGGACAGUUGUAUUUAUGAAUACACAGGCACUAAGGUUAGUUCAUCUAAACCCUUUGCAACAAACAAAUAAUUUAUCACCAACAACACUUCUAGUUGAAGAUCAAGUCAUUUUUUAUAUGCUACAAUAUGUUUACAAUUCUACGGACCAGCAGGUAGCUAAGCUAAUUAAGGCAGGUCAGUCUCACAAGUUCUAAUAUUACAGUAUUUGAAAAGGUUUGAAAAAGAGAGAUUAACAAAGUAACAGUUUUGCAAAGGAGUGAAACAAUGUCAUGUAAUGGUUCCUGUCUUACUUGCUUAGUUUUCUCUGCAAUCAUUGCUUCAUAAGCUUCAACAUCAUAACAAAUUUCUAGAGUUGGCAGAGCUGUUUCAAUGUGACUGCUCAGCUCAAACGCACAUGUCUUCAAUAUUAAUAGCGGGGCUCCCGCGCGCGCGAAGCGCGCGUGGGACAGAGCCCCAUACCCAUGGAAUAUGGUCAACCUCUUUUCGUUUGGUUGUCACGUGAUUGACCGAGCGUACGUACGUACGCGUCUACAGAUUGUAUGGGUGGGGUAGGGGAGACUAUCAAAAGGAAGGGAGGGGUGUCUCAGGCGUGUAUUGGCAAGUCCACAUCUUUAAUAUAGGACAUUAACAAUAUGGUCAAUUGACAGCUGUCCAAACAGGAUAGCCACUGACCAGUAUCCCAUGACCAUAUCGCGGGCUCAUGUGUCAACUCAUCGAGGUGAUGUGAUUUAUUUGGAAGCUGUCCGCUGACCAGUUAACUGUUUUACUAGAUCGCGAACAACGUUCAAUCUCAUACUUUUACUAGUUUGGGAGCACAGGAAAACUGAUAAUGCACACAUAUUGGACAUCAAUGUUUUGAUCAAUUGACAGCUGUCAAAACAGAGUACCCGCUGACCAGUAUCACUUGACCGUAUCGCGGGCUCAGGUGUCGACCGUCGAGGUCAAGUAUUUUUGAAGUUAUCCGCUGACAAGUAAACUAGUUUUCAAGUGAUCGCAGGCUCAAGUUCAAUUUUUUUUUUUUCUUAAUUCAUAUGAAAUAUGUUGUUUUAUGUGCUGGACAAUUAAAAUUUUGAUUGCAAACUGACCUCGGACGUGAAAAUUCAGCCAGCUGUUACAGGCAGGAAGACAGUUGCUUUUGUUUUUUCUCACAAUGGUCACGCGUUGGUCACGCUCUCGUCCAAUUUUUAUGCUCUGAUUGGUCAAAAUUUGACAGGUGAGUUCAUGCGCAAAAUUUAUGCAGCAUCUUGAAUCUUGUUUACUUUAACAGCUGAAGCUGACAGAGUUUUGUGUCAACUUGUGAUGUUUUUAACUGUCUUUUUCCACUGGAUGUACAAAAUGAAAUUCAGCUGCUAUCAGGAGUCUUCUGUUACUCAUGGCUAGUUUGUUUACUGGGUUUUUGGUUGAGAAAACGUCGCUUGUCAAAGUCGGAACCGAUUUCGGAUGGCAUCGUUUUCGUUUUCACCUUGCUUGAUGCGUAAGAGGAUUGCAAAGUCUGAAGCGAUACUGGCUUUACCUGAUAACUUUCAGGAGCUGCAUCUCGAAUGGUAAGCCAGAGAAAUUAUUGUAUUUCAUGUUUGUUUUUGUAUCUAAUUUAAUGAAGUGGGCGUAGUUUAUGCGGGAAUUUAGUUUAUGCGCGUUUGUAAGAUUUGAGACAACGAUCUCACCGAGUAUCUGGUUUGAUAUAAUCUUACAGAACUUUAAAAAGCCUUUAGACAGUUUCUCACCGCAAAUAGAAAGAAAAUGUUCCAAAGAAUCUUUAGUUAUAAUUCUAGCCGGAAAAGAAAGCUUUUGAGCGAUUUUUCUUGCCUCGAGUUCGUCUUUGAAAAAAAAAAACACCGGAAGCUGGCUUAAAACAUAAACUUCAGCAAACUUAAGCUUGAAGCUUGAAGAUUCAGGAUAUUUAGGGACACUUUAAUACUUGUCUUCCUGAAUGAAAAUUGUUGUCUCUGUUUAUGUUUCACCGCAUUAUAUUUCUUUUAUUGAUUGUUAGUAGUCUCUCUUGCAAUUUUAAUCGCUAUGCCGAUUGUUUUCAGUCGUUCAGUGAACAUCGCUUGCAGGAGUUCUCAAAAUGCCGCGCGUUAAACCAUCAAAUAAAAAAUAAACAUGAUAAAUUCUUUAUUAUCUUGGAGCGUAACUCUGUUAAUGUUCAUUCAAACACUCGCUACAGCUUACAGCUUUUUCUAACAGUUUAUGAAUAUUGAAUGAGAGCAAUUUGUAUUGUGAAAUACUGCUUUCUGUCCAUGGUAUGAAAGGUUGGUUUACACGCACCCAGAUUUGUUGGCAAGAUUUUGCAAAGUAAACUUGUCGAACGCCAAAACGUUGGCCUGGUUUUUUUUCUAAGCCUAAUUGAUCUACGGUGAUCAAUAGCCAUUACGGCUCUUAAAUGUGAUAAAAGAUGAUUACCAGUUUUUGAGUGUACAUAUGAGGCUAUCAACUCGAGGUAAGAUUUGGUUCACUCUUGGGCUGUUUGCAAAUUAUUUUUCUCUAAAAUCAGGUAGCCUUUCCCUCAAAAGUCACAUAAAUGUGCUCUAAAGUUAACUGAAUUGUGGAAUUCGAAUACAAGUUUAUUGUUUAAUUUAAAUUAUAAAUUUACUAAUGGGAGCCUCGCUUUUAGCCCUGGCUAAAUCUAUAUAUUAUUUUGUUAUUUGCAUUACUUUAACUAUUAUGUACUGUGGCCCACAACUGUCACAGCAAAACCAAAAACCUCACGGCAAACACACAAUACCUCACGGCAAAACCAAAAACCUCACAGCAAAAACAAAAUACCUCACGGCAAAACCAAAAGCCUCACGGCAAAACCAAAGACCUCACGGCAAAACCAAAUACUUCACAGCAAAAACCAAAUACCUUACGGCAAAAGCAAAUACCCACCGCAAAACCAAAGCUAAUUUUGCUUUUGCCGUGAGGUAUUUUGUUUUUGCCAUGAGGUUUUUGGUUUCACCGUGAGGUUUUUGGUUUUGCUGUGACAGUUGUGGGCCACCAUAAUUAUGGUUAUUGUGAUAGCUACCCUAGGGAGCUAUUUCUAGGUUUGCUGUCUUUACCCUGUCCAUUUACUAAUAUAAUGUUACAGUGGUUGCUAUAAAUGCUUCAAGAGUAUUUCUGAUGUAAUGGUUGUUGACAUGAGUUGCCCCUCGUCAGUUUUAUACUUUAUUUAAUAUGGAGGUAAAAUUUGAUAAUUUAAGUAAUGUUUAUAACAUGAACAGCAGUGAUUUAUCACUAGUUAAAAAUUCGAGGGCGAAGAAACGUCAAAAGCAUCCCAGGAGUAUUCCAUGUCAAUAGGAUUGCUAAAUAAUGCAUUUUUUCCCUUUUAAAACAAGUUGAUUGAGAAGAGUUUAACAAAAGAUCCAAAAAUAAAAAUGGACAGAAAUAUUUCUGCAGAUGCAUUAUGCAACUGAAGUAAACAGUUUCAGCAUGCAUCUUCUUAUCAUAAAAAUAAUAUGCAUCGGUACUUUCACUUAAUUUCUAGCAGUACAUGUAGUUGUCUUGAGUUUGUAGGCUUUAUACUUUUAUAUUUUUCUCAAAUGAUCUAAAUUGCUCCUGCAAAAAAAGGCUCUUUCUAAAUACGCAGACAACUCUAUAUUUAUGAUAGUUUCUUGUGUAAGUAGUAACUGUAAACUGUCUGCCUUCCUGUCUACAGGGCGUCUUGAACCUUAUCCAUGUAUCCCAGACUUUUUAGGUAUAAUGUCAUAAGCAUUGUGUUAUAAUUUUUAUCCUAUCUCUAUCAAGGACCCACCUCUUAAAUAGCCAUGCAUCCCUUAAAAAAAGGGCCGUUUAUAAAGUCUCCACAAAAGACAGUGUGCCUCCCCUGUGGUGAACAAUGAGCAUUUCAUGUCUACCAUCAUAAAUAGUUUUAAUUUUGUUAUUGUCAUGGUAUUAGUGUAUGUGCAGUAAAUAAUUGUCUGGGUAACCAUAGUCCUGAAUAGAAUAGCUAUUAUUACAGACCUGCAUGUGGAUGGUCAUAUUUCACUUAAGUAGUAAAUUUUUAGUUUGUUAUAUGAUUUUGUAAUUCUAUAUUUUUAAACCUUUAGAUUGAAAGGCUAGCUGUUACUACUAUCCCAGUAAAAGGUAUGAUACAGUUUAUCUACAUUUAUCCUAUAACUCAUUUGCAAUAAGUUUUCAGUUAUGUCAGGUAGACUUUUCUUUUAGUUUUUCGUAAAGUAGAAACCCACAACAGAUCAGAGUAAGGUUAUGUAAAGCUCCCCACAUACCCCUUCCCUAACCCAACAUUUACACUAAUCUCUUACUUGGGGCAAAAUGUUGGGUUAGGGGAGGGAUAGCAGGGCAAUUUUCAAACACAUUAUACUGAUCCCAUUCAUGCAUUCUUGAACAACUGAGAUAUGAGUACUGAUUAAGAAACUGUUCAGCAUUAGUGCAGGUGGUUCCAGGUUUGAAUCUCAGCCAAGGUUUUCAUUCCCUUUUUUGGCCGUUAUUUGUUUUUGUAUUUUAAUUACCAUGUUUGUUUACUUAUUGGUUUGUUUCCCCUUGUCCUAUGAACAGCACUGCUAGAAUACUUCUCUUACACAAAGUUUGCUCUCAUCUUCCUCUUCAUUAUCUAUUCGGAAGGUAAUUUGUUGAUAAUCAGCAAGGGGCUUUUCAUUCAAUGAGCAUCAUCUGUUAGCACUAACUUAUAUAAGCACUGUCCUGUUAAGUGGUUAUUUCAUCCAUUUGUCCCUGGAAAUUUUGUCAAAUUGAGGCUAGUCGAGUGGUUUUCUGGUCACUGUUGUGCUAUAAAGAGUAAGAACUUACCAUAAAGCCAUUUACAAAUCGUAUACUUCACGGCCUCCUGAUCCAGAUGCAAAAUAUUCCCUUGCAAAGUUUGGGCAUUCGCAGAAAGCAAAACUUAUAGAUAGCUUUUGGGUUUAAAAGUGACCCAGCAGUCUCGACUUUUACUUUUCACUUUCUCUCCUCCCCUCUUUUUUUCGCUUUUCUUGCCUCCUUUUUUUUUCUUUUGCUGGGCAUUUAGUAGGCUUCGUUUUGGUGGCAACAGUGGUGUGGGUUUUUUUACAUGCCACGAGAACCAGAUAAGUGAAAGUACUGUGAGGUGGUGCCUACGGUUUUUCGCCCUUAUCCGAGAAGACUAGAAAGUCUAACCGUUCGCAGAUGUCAUUACAAAGGCAGCACUGUACUUUCUCCUUUGGGCAGUUAUUUUAAAGACCCUGAGUGUUGGUCUGACCGGGGUUUGAACUCAUGACCUCUUGCUCAGCAGACCGGUGCUCUCCCAACUGAGCUAACUACGUGGUGGUAAAAAUAUGUCACUAUGUUAUAACUCGACUCGCUGCUUUCUUGAGUUAAUUAAAAUCAUCACCCCUAUGUUUGCACCACUUUGUGUACUUUUCUGUUAAAUUUUAAAAGACAAUUUCAUGCACCUUAAUUUACUGAGAUCAAAUCAAUGAGCUUAUCAAUAUUUCUACGUUUAAUGUAAUGUCUUAAUUUCUUGUAGUCAUCCUCAUCCUCUCAAACCAAGCAAUCAUGAGCCCGAUAAAUAUAACAUGAACUUUCGCUAUGCACUACGGGACAGACAACAAACAGUACACCAGUUAGCAAAAAUGUGAUCCUCUACAGGAUUUCCAGCAUAAUGGUGACGACACGGAAACACUUGCGAUAACAUGGCAUGCUAAGCAUGACAUCUGACAUACAUAUGUGCAUAUUUAAUAAGGAAACAAGUGUCAUGGUAGCUUUUGUUUUGCAUGUCUUAACACGCGUAAUCUUUUAUUUCCAGCAGCGUGUUAAAUGACACGCUUCAUAGCAUGUUAAAGUCAUGUGAUAUGCCAUGGUAGCACAAAGAUAGUUAUUAGGCAACUAAAGAGGUUAAGCAAAAAAGCCUUAUAAAAGUUACUUGAACACUGAAUGAUCGUGAAAAAAGUGCCUGAUGUAAAAAGUUCUUCUUAGCGCAAAGAUUACAAUAGCCUGUUCCAGGCAUUCAGAUAGUAGAGCACUGCGGUCAGAUUGUGGUGAGCAAGUUAAAUUCAGGGCCCCUGCCCAGAUUUCUGUCCAAGAUUCACGGCCACAUUUCCUGCUAAGAUUCUUGCCAAGAUUUCUGCCAAGAUUCUUACCAAGAUCCUUGCCAAGAUUCUUACUAAGAUUCCUGCCAAGAUUCUUGCCAAGAUCCCUGCCAAAAGUCUUGACAAGAUUUUUGGCCAAGAUUCUUCCCAACAUUCUUACCAAGAUUAAUUUCAAGAUUCCUGCCAAGACUCUUGCCAAGAUUUUUGGCCAAGAUUCUUACCAAGAUUCCUGCCAAGAUUCUUGCCAAGAUCCCUGCCAAGAUUUUUCCCAAUAUUUUUGCCCAAGAUUCUUGCCAAGAUUCUCACCAAGAUUAAAGCCAAGAUUAAAGCCAAGAUUCUUACAAAGAUUCUUGCCAAAAUUCCUGCCAAGAUUCCUGCAAAGAUUCUUGGCAAGAUCUAUGGCAAGAUUCUUACCAAGAUUCCUGCCAAGAUUCUUGCAAGGAUUCCUGCCAAGCUUCUUGCCAAGAUUCUUGCAAAGAUUCCUGCCAAGAUUCUUGCCAAGAUUCAUGCCAAGAUUCUUGCCAAUAUUCUUGCCAAGAUUCUUGCAAAGAUUUUUGCCAAGAUCCAUGCCAAGAUUCUUGCAAGGAUUCCUGCCAAGGUUCUUGCCAAGAUUCUUGCAAAGAUGCCUGCCAAGAUUCAUGCCAAGAUUCUGGCCAAUAUUCUUGCCAAGAUUCUUGCAAAGAUUCCUACCAAGGUUCUUGCCAAGGUUCUUGCCAAGAUUCAUGCCAAAAUUUUUGCCAAGAUCCAUGCCAAGAUUCUUGCCAAUAUUCUUGCAAAGAUUCAUGCCAAGAUCUAUGGCAAGAUUCCUACCAAGAUUCCUGCUAAGAUUCUCUCCAAGAUUCCUGCUAAGAUUCUUGCCAAGAUUCAUGCCAAGAUUUUUGCCAAGAUUCCUGCCAAGAUUCCUGCCCAGAUCUAUGGCAAGAUUCAUACCAAGAUUCCUGCUAAGAUUCUCUCCAAGAUUCCUGCCAAGAUUCUUGCCAAGAUUCCUGCCAAGAUUAUUGCCAAGAUUGUUACCAAGUUUCCUGUCAAGAUUAAUGCCAAGAUUCCUGCCGAGAUUCUUGCAAAUAUUCUUACCAAGAUUCUUGCCAAGAUACUUGCCAAGAUUCUUGCCAAGAUCUAUGCAAGAUUCUUACCAAGAUUCCUGCCAAGAUUCCUGCCAAGAUUCUUGCCAAGAUCCAUGCCAAGAUUCUUGCAAGGAUUCCUGCCAAGGUUCUUGCCAAGAUUCUUGCAAAGAUUCCUGCCAAGAUUUUGGCCAAGAUUCAUGCAAAGAUUUGUGCCAAGAUUCUUGCCAAGAUCUAUGGCAAGAUUUAUACCAAGAUUCCUGCCAAGUUUCUUGCCAAGAUCUAUGGCAAGAUUCAUACCAAGAUUCCUGCUAAGAUUCUCGCCAAGAUUCCUGCCAAGAUUAUUGCCAAGAUUGUUACCAAGUUUCCUAUCAAGAAUAAUGCCAAGAUUCCUGCCGAGAUUCUUGCCAAUAUUCUUACCAAGAUUCUUGCCAAGAUCUAUUGCAAGAUUCUUACCAAGAUUCAUGCCAAUUAAAAUUCCUGCCAAGAUUCUUACCAAGAUUUAUGCCAAUUAAAAUUCCUGCCAAGAUUCUUGCCAAGAUUCUUGCAAAUAUUCCUGUUAAGGUUCUUGCCAAUAUUCUUGCCAAGAUUCUUGCAAAGAUUCCUACCAAGAUUCUUGCCAAUAUUCUUGCCAAGAUUCUUGCCAAGAUUCCUGCCAAGAUUCUUGCCAAGAUCUAUGGCAAGAUUCAUACCAAGAUUGUUACCACAUUUCCUGCCAAGAUUCUUGCCAAGAUCUAUGGCAAGAUUGUUACCAAGAUUCCUGCCAAGAUUCAUGGCAAGAUUGUUGCCAAGAUUCCUGUCAAGACAUUUAGCGACAGGAGCUUCUUUGGCGUUUUCUAGGUCUUCCCUUUCUAGGCCUUCGUUUUCUAGGACUUCAUUUUCUCGGUCUAGAAAACAAAGACCUGGGUCAAAAUUGUGGAUAAUUGACAACUGUGUUGUUUCUUACACUCCUGUAGUGUUUAGAAGUACUCAUUUUUUGAAAAGGAUAUCUCGACAUAAUUUGUUAGUUUACAAGAUUCAAGCAAAGAUGUGUUAGGAUUUUAGUCAUAAUCAAGACGAACGCAGCAUAACCUUACCUUGGAAAUCCUUCAUGACGAGUUACGUGGUGAAUACCCCCUGCAUUGAGGAAAGUGAAACCAAUGUCUAAGUCUCCUUGGUGGAAUAUUGGAACCAUAAGGAGGGUAGAGUGAGCUGCGUUCACCAAAACAUAUUCAUGAUAAAACUGACUGAUAUCACCUUUACCUCCGACUUUUGCAGUAAUCAUUCACAUCCCCCAGCUCCCUGUAUUUGACGUCUCCGCAUCCAAAAUUUGCAGUCAAAUUCCCUGCCCACGGGCAAUUCAUUCCAGUCAAAUGCAACCAAAUUUCCCCACCCUGGGCUGCACAUUCCUGUGAAAUAUCGCAAGGCUACACCCAAGGCAGGCACAAUAAAAAUAUCUCCAAAUAAAACUCUGUAAUGUUUAUUUAUAUUACGUUGCUGCAUCAACAAACAUACAUUUUCCUGUUACAGCUGCAAUUAUACGUUUUAACCAUAAUCCGUGUUACACUGCGUAGAAUACAGAAACCUUUGGGAGAAAGUCCACAUUUUGUAAGUUUAAAUUUACCGUUCUUAGUAAAGGGCACAAAGAAAGUCAGUUUUAUAAGCUUGCCAAGAUUCCUGCCAAGAUCUAUGGCAAGGUUUAUACCAAGAUUCCCGCCAAGAUUCCUGCUAAGAUUCUCACCAAGAUCUAUGGCAAGAUUGUUUCCAAGAUUCCUGCCAAGAUUCAUGCCAAGAUUCAUGCCAAGAUUCAGUUGGCAUGACACAAAUUAAAACAUGAACUUGUAAGAUUCUUGACACUAGAUUCUUACAAGAUCACACAAGAUUCUUAACAGAAGAUUCUUACAAGGUCUUGUAAGUUUCUUGACACAAGGUUCUAAUGCCAUAGGGUUGUUACAAGAUCUUGUGAGAAUUUGUUAUCUGAUUAUGCAUAAAACUGAUAUUGACACCUUGACUGAGACUUGACUAUAUAUUUGAUAAUGUUUCAGUCACCUUUGCUGAUUACACCAAAGAAGUUAAGACUACUUGGGAUGGGAAUCUUCAUGACUAUACUGUUCUCAUCAUUGAUCAUUUGGAGAGAGUUAACUCAGAUUAAAGAUCGUUUUAAGAAUUUUUUCAAUGAAUUGUUCAAGCUGCUGACUUAAUUUAAAUCUCUACUUGUUGUCCUUUAUUGGCCACCUUUGUGUGUUUGUUGAUAAUAUUGAUUCAUUUAUGCCAAUCAUCUCAAUCUUUCAUUUUCUUACAAAACCUCUACUGAUUUGUGGUGACUUGUAUAUGACUAUUCAUGAUGAGUAUGGUAUAUGUCAUUAGAACCAAUACCUCACCUUAUUUUGUCUAUUUUAUGUCCAGCUGCCAUUGUCACACAGCAAAGAAAUCAUGCUGAAGACAAACUACUGCUGGGCUGUACAGAUGGUACAUUGGUAAGAUAUAUAACACCUGUCACCUGUGCAAUAUUUACUCCAGUUUGUUUUAUUAACUCAUAGAUAUUGAUAGCCUGUGAGCAAGCUCUCUGGGGCACUCUGGCGGUGGGGCGGGUAAAGGAAGGAGCAGCUUCCAACUAUGUCUCUGGAAUUUGAAUAUCUGCUUCGAAAAAGUCGAUGUGAAAUGCUGAUUAGCAGAGAUGACAUUAGUAACGACGUUAUUACUAUACCCUUGGCACUGGCUUUUAAUGUUUGUAUACACUUGCAGUUGUUUCCACUUUAUGCUGUUUGGCGGAAAUCUGACAGUGAGCUCAGUUGUCGGAGAGCCAUAGGGGAAUUGGAAGUGGAAUUCAAAUUCCAGAGAUGUAGUUGCAAGCUCUCCUUCCUUUUCCUGCUCCACUGCCAGAGUGCCACGGGAGAGCUUGCUUGCAGGCUGGGAUAUCGAUGGCAUAUCCAACAAGUUGCUGUCAGUAGGCACUGCAAUAUGCAAAUCAGUGUGUCACUCACUCACUCACUUAAUAGUGAUUAGUCUUGUGUUUGAAAGAGAGCACCCAACAUCAGAAUGACAAUAAUAAUUGCAUGGAUUUAUUGUGUGGAUCAGAAGCAGCAACUUUAGUUACAAAAUAUCCAUGAAAAUCAUGCUUGCAAAGCUACUCGUUGUGGCAGUCACAUUAAGAUUUUUGUAGCAACUUCUAAUCAGUGCGUCCCAGUGGCAUGACCCAAUUUAAUUUUGAAAACAUGAUGCCAUGUAGCACAUAUAUAGGAUAUUAUUUUUCCCUGGAGAAAAUAAAUUUGAGAAAUAUCAUCAGACAACGAGAGAAUUUUUAAAGCAACGCACAUGUUCAGUGACAUGAAAUGUAAAAAAUCCUGUCACAAUUGCACACAAUUGGUAGUGUUGACAAGCACUGAAGUUCACAGCAGCUGCAAUUUUUCUUGGAUGUUUCAUUUCAACUUUAAAUACCAACAAUUUAUUUUGAUCGUCUUCUAUAACCAGACUUCUCUAUUUGCUAAAUAAUGUAUCCACAAGUUUCCUGUAGUUUUUUUCUUUGAUCCAAAAAUUAAAAAUGGUUAUCUUCUUUGCAGGAAGUUAGAACGACCACAAUAAUGAUACUAGUUGAUAUCUUUCAAUAAUACUGAUGCUAUUUAAUUAAUGAAAUAAUAUAUUUCCAAAAUGUGUUGUUUCUCAUAGAUGCUGUACGAUGAUCAUAGGAGAGUUACACAGAUGACUAAGGCCUCUUUGGUAAUUAACUUUUCUGUACCUAUUUAUUGUUACUAUUGUUUGCUUCAGCAACAGAAGAUAACAUAGUGCUUGACUUACAAACAGCAUUUUGGGUUUAGUUUUGAUUCUUCUACACCACAUACUGUUAGUGACCAGAAAAUAUCUCAACUAGCUUCAAAAGGCAUUUUUUGGCGACAUUUUCAGGGCCGGAGCAAAUGGGUGAAAGUCCAUUUAGAAAAAUUAAUAUUGACAAUGUUGUAGUUCAAAUGAAAUUCAAGUUAAAAUUGGGUCAUCAUAGUUUGAUCCUCUAUUUCCGUUUGCUCCAGUCCUUAUUAUUCAUGCAUGGUCCAUUAUAUGAAUAUGAAAAAAACUGUUGUCAUUGUCUUUUGUCAUAUUCUUAAUCAUGAAUAAUUAGGGCUAGAAGUCAGUGGAAUCAACUCGGGUUGAAACCAUUUGAAUACGAACUUUUACUAUCUAUUGUUAACUGCAUGUUCUUCAGAUGCCAUCACUUAUUCAGUGGCACCCAGGGGAUGCUGUAGUGCUUGUUUGCAGUGCUGAGGGAGAUAUUCAGGUACUUUGUUAAAUUUUACACUUUAGCCAACAAAAUAGUUUCAAAGUUUGUAAUGCAUUAAUUAAAUUAUCCUACCAUAAUUAAAACAUUGAGAACUAAUAACUUACAUCGCAGGGUACAGUUACUUUAUGAAUAUGGAAGAUCUAAGAAACUUGGGGUUUUAGGAAUACUCAUGCCUAGGUGUAUUGAAAGCUAUAUUAAGCUGCAACAUUGACAGUGUUCGACACUAGAUGUAAAUAUUAUUUCUCUUUACGAAAAGCAUGUCUACCCAAAAUUUUUGUUGUAACAUACAGUCAACUGAGAUCCACUUUUGUCAGUUACCCAAUACUGUAAUACCAUAAGAAAAAUUGGCAAAUACUAUCCUGUGGGUAAAGUUCUAUCCAGUUCCAGGCCAGUGGAUAAUGCAUUUUGUUUUAAUUGAUACUUAUCCACUGGUUAGUGAUUUAUCCAGUGGAUAGCACUAUCCAACGUUGGAACUACUGGAGCCUGUUGUUAACUGUUAGUAAGUGCUUUUAUUGGUUAUUGUUGCUAUUUUUUUCUCAGAUAUUUGAUAUGGCUUUAGCUCCAGUGUUAUUACAGCUUGUAGCAGAAAACCCUUCUCCAAGGCAUUUGCUGGAACUGAAAAAACUCUUCACGUAAGCUGUUAAGAAAUGCAUGCAACAAUUAAGUGUGUUAUAUAUUUUAACACUUGACUCUGAAUAAUAGCCAAAGGAAACAAAUAAAAAAAUCUAAUUUCCUUUUGGAAAAAAAAUAUUAUAGAAAUUAAUGAAACACAUUCUGCCAAAGAGGUUUCAUUUGAAUAGAAACACUAUGGGAUUACAUCAUUAGAUUUAAGGUGGAGACUGAGCGACAAAUAAUUCCGCCAUAAAUGUUGUCCAGGAGUGCAAACGUUAAAGCUCCAUAAAUUUUGAAGGAAAAUUUACCUACCUUUGGUAUCUUUAGCCAGUUCAAAUAUACCCAACAAAGUUUGAAAAAACAUUAAUUCACUUUCAUAAAGACAUUUUGAUGAAGACUUCUUCCUUGCUGAAGGUCCCUAAUUAUCAGAAUAACCGAUAAGCAUGUCACAUAUGAAAUCACAUAUGAAAUCUCAUGGACGUUGCAAAAGCAGUCUUGAUGAAUUCCUGUUUUGAUAUGCUGUACAAUGUAGAUGCAUAUGAGGUGCAAAAUUAAUUUGUAAAUGACCCAACUGAAAAUUAUUUCUGUAGAAUCCCAAUAAAACUGAGGAGUGUUUCCUGGUCGUGUGAAGCUCCCAUUGCAAACAUUGCAGAAAACAGUAUUGGUUGCCAUGACAACUUAAUUGUCUUACUUGACAGGUUUGUUAAGUUGCAAUAAUAUAUUGUUGGUAUUAAUGCUUAUACAUUCAAUAAUUUUCAAUAUUAUAAAAAUCAAUCCAUUCAAAGAGAAACAGGGUUUUCUUGAAAAGUAGACGGUUGUUGGUCCCGAGGAGCCAUAUGAUGGGCUAAAGCCCAUCAUUUCCAAGGGGUUCUGGGGGCCUGCUCCCCUGGAAAAAUUUUGAAAACUGAACGCUGGAAAACGCAGCCUGGCAUUUUGGCCUUGAAACUUUAACAUCAGGGGGAUGAAUUAAGCUGCAAUUAUACCGUGAAAAUCAUGUUACUCAAAGAAAGACAAAGCGAAAUUUCAAUAAUACAACCUUGUAAACAAAUAGUGAAAUGAAAUUUUUCUGUAUCUUUAUGGUGGUUUUGCUGGAGCUAAUGAUAGGGACUGCAAAUUUGUAUUUUUAUUGAGCCUAAGUUUAGACCAGAUAAACAUCAUCUCCUCGCCAUAUCUUGACUCUUGAAGUAAUGAAAGUAGCGGAGAAGCCUUGCAGGGAAGCAGGCAAACUUCACCGGCUACCAGCUCUUAUAUACAACCCUGGGGAAAUUGUGUGGAGGUCAAUAGAUUUAACCAAGAAUAGUUUGAAGCAAAGUUUUUCUUUUGGUACUAAAACACCAACAAACCAACAACAUGGCUAUCUGUCAGUGAUGACAAAAAAGCUAAAUUUCUGACUAAAACUGAACGGAAGAAAAUGCAAGAAUAGCUACAUAUUGCUAUUUGAAUUUUAUCUACUUUUUGAGGAGUAUUUGCAAGAAACCUGUUGCAUCUGUUUGUAUCCUAAUCCAUACCAAGGAGUCAGCCAAAGUUUUGAAGAAAGUCUCCUCUUGUCAUCAUAAGAACUUAAAAAUAUUUUGAAUGAAUAAUAAAGCAAAUAUUAUUGAAUUCGGUUUUUGCAUGAUGGGGAGAGUUAUGCAGAUCUCAUCGAUCUGCAUAAUUCUUCACAUCAUACCCAGUCUCAUUCAAUAAUAAUAUUGUUAAAUAAGUUAUAAUACUGUGAUAAUUAAAUGGCUUACUUAUUUGUAAAGCCAUUUGAAAUAUUUAUUGUCUGGCAUUUUUUCUGUUUUUUUUAUGGCAGAGGCCCUUUGUGCCUUUUAAGAUUUGAACUUGGUGUCCUCACUAAUGGAAGACUUGGUACAGUUGAGAUGGUGUCUGAGUACAUCAAACAUGAUCAAGCUGAAGAGGUGCUUGUAAAUGAAUAAAUUUUUAUUAAAAUGUGUUUAUGUUAUUAUUAUAUAUAUAUUUUUAUUACUAAUAGUAUUGUAAUUAGGUUAAGCAGUGAAUAGUAUUGGGCGAUUCCAGAAAAUAUCCAUACCAUACCACGGACGGCUUUAAGGAUUUCCGAAGGGGAGGGGGGAUUCACGAUUAUGGAAUUCUGAAGGCAUGGGGGGGUAUUUACGAAUUGAAAUCCGAAGGUAUGGGGGAAUUCCACAGGUGGGAUUUCUGGAGUAGAAAGUGUAGAGUAAGUUCCUGGAAAACGCUAUUGUUGUGGACUUUUGUAGUUCGUAAAUAAACCACGAACGUAUGACCGCGGAAGCAGAAGACAAGCAUCGAUAGAUCAGACACGUGUUUACGCUCAUAACUUAUAGAAGUGAACAGUAAAACAUUGGUUUCACAUUUACCUUGAUAAAUUUCUUGUCACGUGAAUAAAAACUGAAAAUGUAUCUUUUAAUACCGCCUGCAAAUUUCUUGUUACUCCCGUCCGAAACCGUCCGAUAUAAACGUCCGAUAAACAGUAAAAAGGUAUAUACUUCAUGGUAGAAAGCCACAAGUGCACCGGUAGUAUACACUCUGUGUAUUAUGUAGUAUUGUGUCUUCUCCCUAAUAGCUAGUGGUAGUUACUAGUAGUUACUAGUAGUUACUAGUAGUUACUGGCAGUUACUAGUAGUUACUAGUAGUUACUGGUAGUUACUAGUAGUUACUAGUAGUUACUGGUAGUUACUAGUAGUUACUAGUAGUUACUAGUAGUUACUAGUAGUUACUGGUAGUUACUAGUAGUUAGUAGUAGUUACUGGUAGUUACUGGUAGUUACUAUAGUAGUUAGUAGUAGUUACUAGUAGUUACUGGUAGUUACUAGUAGUUACUAGUAGUUACUGGUAGUUACUAGUAGUUACUAGUAGUUACUGGUAGUUACUAGUAGUUACUAGUAGUUACUGGUAGUUACUAGUAGUUACUAGUAUUUAAUAGUAGUUACUGGUAGUUACUGGUAGUUACUAGUAGUUACUAGUAGUUACUGGUAGUUACUAGUAGUUACUAGUAGUUACUGGUAGUUACUAGUAGUUAGUAGUAGUUGAUGGUAGUUACUGGUAGUUACUAGUAGUUACUAGUAGUUACUAGUAGUUACUAGUAGUUACUGGUAGUUACCCUUAACAAAAUGAAAUAUACUUAUAAUAUACUCCGAACAUACAUGAAGUAUACUGCACUGGGUAUACUUUAGGUAUACUUGAUGUAUACAUUUUGUAUACACUUGAUGUAUACUUUUUGUACUAGUAAUUUGGAACACCCCGAUGUAUACAAAAAGUAUACCUCUCCAAGAGGAUGUAUACUAAUGGUAUACAUGCUUCAUACACAGAAAAGACCACAAAAAGUAUACUUUUUGUAUAACACUUGCAAAAAGUAUACAAUUUGUACACUUCUAAAUUAAGUUGCUGAAACCCAUAAAUUUCAGUAAGGACAAAGGCAUGCAUGACCACCCUGGCUCUACAUAAAUUCACUAAAAAAUGUUCAAUAUUUGCUUGUAACAAUAAAUUUUAUUUGGAGCUUUUUUAACAGUAACAGACGUACAGUAUGUCAAUAAUUUUUAAAACACAAUAUUAUUUUCACUGUAGAAAUAGCUUAUAUAUUGUACUUAACAUUUAAUAAAUAUUUUUUCAUAAUUAUUUCAAACCCAAAGACUGCUUGCUGAAAAAGGACAAUAACCGAAUGCCCUAACAAACUUGCAAUGAAAUUAGUAAUCUGAAUCAGGCCAACUACUUAUCUGUCACAACAUUAACUUUUUCUGCGUACAUAAUUAUAUUACAGAAGAAAAAAAAUUAAGCUUUUCACUCAUCCUUCUUUAACUUUCUUGAUUCCAAAGCACUCAGCUUGUUUCUUAAAGCCAGCUUCAGAGAGGACUCAGUUGGCAAAUGCUUUUGGUAUUCUCUCAUGACAAAUCCUGUAAAGAGGGUCAAAAAUCAUUACAACAUGAGUAGUGAAUUUAUGGAUGGGAAAAUUAAAAAAAAGCAGUUUCUGAGAGACUAUUAAUUUACAUAGUCAUCAUGUUAUUGCACACAUACCUAUAAUGCUUUGAAGUAUCUCCUUGUCUGGGCAUUUCUUUCCAUUUGCUCCAGUCAGGUUCAUCCCCACCAGCUCGUCGUUUGUGUAAAAACAGUUUAACAAAAACGAUGCCGCUGACUUAUACGACGCUCUGGCCAUUGCUUGGUGAAUAUGGUUCUGGUACACAAAAACUUGAGAACCAGGAGUCAACUCUACCAUCUGUUGGAAUUAAGAAGAAAAAAACAGCCAUGUUAUUUUUAUGAUAGCAAUUUUAUAUAGACAUACACACCUGAACAGCCUGUAUAAUAAUUCCACAUGUUCUGCCGCAUGUCACAUUUCAAAUGCUCAAAAGACAUUGACAACUUUGACACAUAACAAGGGCGUGUAAAGAAAGUCAGCUUACAGUUUACCCUUUGGGCAAGUUGUGGCUUGCAGGGACUAGCCCAAGGAAAUGCCCCACAAAAGUAAAAGAAAAAAAAGGGCAAGGAAAGCAAGAGGUGAGGACGAGGGAAAGUGAAAAAAAACAGUCGUGGAGGCAGUGAACUUUUUUUACCUGAUGCCUGAACUUCAAUGCUAAAAUUUAGCAUCAGAAACUAUCAGCAUUGUACUUGAAUUGUUAGUAUGUCUUUCGGUAGUUCACAUCUACAUUGUAGAUCCUUUUCAGCCUGGUAAGAACCAGAAAAGGUCUUAAAUGGCUCGAAAGAGUGGUUUUCUGCUGCAUAUUAUCUGGGAGCAAAUGGGUUAAACUGUAAGCCUGACUAGGUCUAGUAGGGUCGAACCUCUUGCAAACAUCAAAUUAGCCAUUGACGACUACAUGAUUUGCACAAAACUUUUACACUGAUUUGUCUACAAUAGCAUGCACAUUCUGUGAUUAAAAUGGUGAAUGAAGUGCUUACCUUAAAAGCGUUCUGCUAGAAUGGGACUGAUCUUUCCAGGUCUUGGAGGAUCAGAAACUUAAAAAUAAUGAUAGGAAUGACUAUAGUUAUUAACAAGAUCGAAAGUUCACCUUGCAUGUAAUUAUAUAGUUUUGUUAGGUUAUAAUAGUUACGAAUAAAUACUGCAUAUUUAACCGAGUUCAUUUAUUUUUCUGGUACUCAAUGAUCAAUUAUCUCCUUCAUAAAAAUUAAGAACCUACUUAGCCUAAAUUGGCAAUACGCACCCCAAAAUACAUGAACCUAUUUUGCCAGACUUCAAAAAAGUAGGUUCUUAUAUGCAGGUGUUUACUGUAAUUAGUGGACAAAGACCAGACAGUGGAUCGAUCGAUCCACCACCAAAACAGGGUGCCCCAAGCAGACUAACUGGAUUAUGUGCAUCCCUUUUCUAAUACCCCUUAUUUCUUUUAUUCACAACAAGACUGCUUGUUUUCUUUUAACUCUCAUUCUUUAAUUUUCAGGGAUUAUCACAUAAACUUCCUCAUACAUACCUUGACCUUGCAAGCUCUUUAAUUGAUCUUCAAGUUCCCUCACUCUCUUUUUAUGCGUGUUACGCAUGAUGGACAAUACUCUUCUUCAUCUGAACUUGAGAGCGGCUGUGGUAGAACUCGUCUGGGGCAUUUACCACCCACAGUUGGUCUGGCUACUAAGUCUUGUCUUCUGUUUGGAAAAUUUCUGGGUGUGUUUGUCAGUGGGGUUCUUUGUGCUCCUGAAAUGGUGGCUUCUUUCUGUUGAUUUGGUAUUGACAGUGGCACUUCUGUUAAUCUGCCACGCAGAGUUGUCAGAGGAGAUCUUGACACUGGUGUGGUGGAAUUUGGCAUCUGCUGAACUGGUGUUGUGGAUACUGGUUCUUCCCACACAUCCUGCAGUGUGGUCAGAGAGGUUCUCUGCAGUGAUGGAAUUGCUGUCUGACAAAUAGAUGGUGUGGUUGGUGGGUCCUCUGAAUUGCCCUGCAGCAUGUCCAGUGUCUUUUGAAGCUGUGAGAUUGACAACACUCUUUCUGGUGUGGCACUCCGUAACUCAUUUACUGUGUUCUGAAGACGAUGAACAGGAUUUGAUGGUGGUGUUGAUGAAGUUGUGAGAUCCACACACUCUGAGACAACAUCGGAAUCAAAGGGAUCUUCUGCACUUUGAUUACUCACCAAAGCAGUCAUCCUUUCUAGCAACAUGUUAUUUCGCUCAGUAAGGGCCUGCCGUUCCUUUUCUCUUUGCUUAUUUGCCUGCUCCUUUUCAAUUCGCUUUCGCUCCUUUUCUGCUGCAUCAUCAUGAUCUUUUCGGGCAUUUUUCUUCCUAUUUUGACUUUCACUGUCAUUUUCUUUUGCUUCCUCCAGCUUUCUUUCUGCCCUCAGAGGUCUUGGGUUUUUUUUUUUUUUGGUUCAUCAUCUUUAAGAAAUAACAGGAUAAAAUAAUAAUGUAUAAGAAAAAGGUCUGAAUAAUUGAGUCUCCCAAAAACAAUGAAUUUGUAGUAGCUGUAACAAAAUACAGCCAAGCCUGUUUAUGACAGUCACCCUUGGGAAAUGGCCAGGUAACCAUUAUACAGGUCCACUACACAGACAAUAUAAUGGCUAAAUUAAUAUUUGGGAACCUGUCCGGUGACCGUAAUACACAGGGUGACCGCUAUAUACAGGGCGGUUAUACAGGUUAAAUGUUUUUUAGAACUUUGAUAAUUAUUAUUUUAUUAUCUACCUCUGUAAAUUGAAAUUUAAGGGAACAAGGAGCAACCACCUUCAAUAAUGUCCUCAGUGACUAGUUUUUUAUAACACUUACAUGUAGUUCCCUUUUCAUGGUGACUUUAAACCAUUAUAUGCUGUUAGUGUCAAAUAACAGCUUACUGUACCUUUGACUGGUUUCAUAUCCAUCAAGUCGUUUAUUCUUUGUUCUCUUUCUCUGCUUCUUACUGGGGAUGAAUUCUGUUCACAGUUUGAACUGUUUUCUUCUGUUCCAGAAUUUCCAAGCUCCUUGUCUAAAACACUUCUAGCAUCACUCAUACUGUCUGAAAAAGGCCAGUUAAUAAAAAAAGGGUUAGGACUCUUUUUUGUGUGAGAAAAGAACGAUUUCUUUACCCCUCUUAGCAGUCAUUCAUGCAGAGGCAAAAUAACAGUCAUCACUUUACAACUGUAAAUGUAUAUUUAUUAUCAUUAUCAGUAAGUUUUUUUCUUAUGUGGUCCAGAGUUCUGACAGAUGCACAAGUACAUGCUCAUGACAGCUUAAAUCACUUGAACUAUUAGUCUUACCAUGGAGAGAGAAAUUUUUCCCUCCAAAUUUCUCCAUCAUAUUGCAUUUCAGCAAUGGCCCCAGCUCUUACACUUUCCUUGACAGCUAACUUCUUCACAAUAAUCGCUUCCAAUUCACUUCUUCCAUUUGGUCGAUUCCAUUCAACUACUGCAAAGCCAUUUGGUUUCACCUACAAGGGUAGUUAAAAAAAAAGUUAUGAAAGUAUUCUAGCACAAUGUAAACAAAUUUGCUCUUUCGAUGUCAGAGAAAAGCACACACAUUUAAUAGUUUUGGUAAUCUGAGACACCAGUCGUGGGUCCCAUUUUUUUGUUUGGAAUCAUGAAUAACAAAAACCUGAGCCUGAAGCUCACAGGAAUAUGUGCACAUGUAUGGGAAACUACCUUCCCGGUUAGUUACUUUUGAUCCAAGAAAUACAAGAAAUGGCGGCCCGGUCUCCGUUCACAGUCCCUGUUACCCAUGCCGGCAGUCAAGGUAAUACAGCGUUGAUGCUUGUUAAUUUCAAACAUGUUUUAAAGGGGCACAAAAAUUUUAGAACACUCACCAAAGUCAUUAUUUCAAGGAACUGUACUACUUCGACGCAAUCGUCAGGGAUAUAUAAGGGUAUAUAUUUUGGUUAACGUUCGCAAUAUCAAUUUUGCCCUCGCCGAGAACGAUUAACAAGUAGUAAAAAGUUGUGAGUUAGUUAUACUAAAGAAAGUUAGUUAUUAAUCGGUGACAGAAACACAUGAGCGGUUGUUCAAUCAGGCGUUACUUAUAGUUUCUGUUGGUGACCAGUGGUGAAUAUAUCAAAGCCUUUUCAUAAAAAGACUGAAAUCAAUGACAAAAUUGAAAUGCGAGUCAUGAACGUGGAAGAACAUAUUUGCAGAAAUUAUAAAUCACUGAGGUUAAAAGAAAACGACAGGAACCAUGGAUGUCAAGAUUCAAAUGAUCACGCUUCUACUCCCGAUGCUGUGAAAGUCAUAUCGGGUCGUGAUCGACUUGUGACAAGCCGGUCGACUGCGAGAAAGCCAGUAAAAAGUCUAAAACGUUUCAGUUCGUCCUCUGUUAGUAUUUUUCCCUUUAAAUAUCCUUAACUACAGGACGCUAUUUUAGAAUUAAAAAUGACUACUGAAAAUUAAUAAUUUCUCAAGUCUUUUACACUGGAAGCUUAUAAGCUUAAGUAUUUAUUGGGGUUUACCUCGGUGUAAAAACCUGUGAAACUCACGAGUGACGUAAAACAAUGAAUACAAAGGAGCCACUGAGAAGUCAACACAAUAGAGCCAAGGAAAACAAUAGCUAGAAAACAAAGAAAAACUUUACAGGUUUUUACACCGAGGAUGAGCAUUUAUUGUCGCGUUCUUAUUUGAAAUGCACUAGCUGAGCCCGAUCGAGUUGUAUCAGUUCCAGUUCGCAGACACAAAGAUAAAAUGAAUUUUACGCUGCGAAUGUAUCAAAGAAGUUCUAAGAGAACAAUUCCCUGGCUUGAACGCUGCAUUCGACCUGAAUGAAGAAGGUAAACUUUUACCAUUUUUUCUCACCGAUUUAAGUAGAACCGUUGAGCUUACCUAUCACCAUAAUUGCUAUUAAAAAACGAACUAAAACGUGACCUGAUUAGGGUUUUUCAGGUUUUUUUAUACAGUUUAAUGUACUCACCAUUUUCCUGGAUACUGGAUUGCCCGAAAAAGGGGAAGCGACAAUAAACGUUCAGUCGAAAAAGAGUCUGAUGAACCAAGCAAUUCACGUUUCACAGCUACUGAAGUUUCGCGCCAAGAUCUAACACAUACACCGACAAACGUGCCGCAAAAAAUCCCGCCAAAAGGAAAACAAACAGACGCCGACGUAUUGAGCAUGCGUAAUAUCUGCCUGGGUCGAUCGGCUUUUAUACGAACACAACAUGGCGACUGGAAAUGCAAAAGAAACACGUAACUCUAGAAGUUGUGAAAAAAGAAGAGGUACUUACCUGUCUUAUCUGUCACAUCCGUCGUUGAAAGUUCCCAGAACGUCAGAGUAUCGCCAGAAACUAGCUAAAACUUAUGAUAGAGAAACGAAUGCGGUAUCUUGUAGCGACACUGUUGAACAUUUUGAGUCAGAGUUCCUGGACUACUCAUAUGCAUCUCAGGGGAUCGAAGAAUACUCUCUGGAAGACCGUAAUAAUGUUGAUUUGUUGAAAGAAGAUGGUCGGCCAGCUGAGGUAGAAAAUGACAGAGAAGGCCGCCCAACUAGAGACUCCAUCGCUGAUGAAAUGUUAAAGGGGCUCCUGAACAACACGGCAGUUGAGCAAGACAGCUGUGAUGAAAUUUCGCAAGUUUUUCCUGAAGAUCCAGCGCUUGAUACAACGUACGGAUCUAGCGAGUUUCAUGAGGAUUUGAACGAGCAAGAUAAUGACGUGGAUGAACUUUCGGAAGCGGAAGAUAGGAAUGAAAGCAGCACUCAAGAUGACUACGUGAAAAUUACUGAGCUAUCCUUAUCACAAGACACCCCUUUAUACGAGGGGUCCCCGUUACUUUUUCAGUUAGCUUGCUGCUGAUUAUUAGCUUCGCCAUAAGGCAUAAUUUGAGCGGACUGGCUUUGGCUGACCUUUUGACGUUAAUUAACAUUCAUCUUGUUGUACCCAACUGCUUUGCUAAAUCGACAGCUGUUCUCAACCGAUUCUUUCGAAAGCUUAAGAAGCCUAUCGAGUACCACUAUUAUUGUUGUUGCUGUUUUGAGUACAUUGGGCUUACAAAGACCUCCUGCUGUUCUAACAAGUAUUGUCUGGUAGAUUUUUCCAAAAAGGUGCACUGGCCUACUUCAUUGUCCUACCCUUAGUCACACAGCUUCAGUCAUUGCUGUCAAGUAAGUAGAUUAUCUGCUAAGGUAUAGAUCAUUCCUUUGGUAUCAGGUCACUUCCUUCCAAGUCAGUUCGUUCUAAGUAGAUGUCCCACCUGUUACUAAAUGAUACUAAAUAACAAAGAAUUUCUCAUUAUCUUUAUCCACUACCAUGUUAAGUAUCCCCUGUCACUAAAUAAUGCCCCACAUCAAAGGAUUUCUCGUUCUUUUGGGUUUACCUCGGUGUAAGAAUCGCACUUUUUUCUUUUCUUUGUACUUCAUGUUUUCCCAGGCUCUUUUGAUGGAAUGAAGUGACUGUAAGGGCCUCCACUGACUAGAAAUUUAGUUGUCGACAACGCUUUGUUUUCGACAACCAAAUGUUAUCAACAACAAAAAAACGCAGUGUGUAAGACGGGUUGUUGACAACUAAAUGCUAAAUUUUGCUGUUGUUGACAACUUAAACAUUGUCAUUGUCGCAAAAAAAAAAAAAAAAAAAAAAACGUUUUUGACAACUAAAUAUCUAGUCUGUAGAGGCCUUAAAGCAUUCACUCAAUACAUGUAUUUUAACCAUUCAUCAAACUGAAACAAUGUUACAUAUGUAACUGGUUGUUAUCACUUGUUAAUGCAUUGACAGUUAACAUUAGCAGUUCGUGAUCAAUAAUAGGAAAAAUUCCAAGAUUUAAAUGAAAAAGAUUUUUUGCAGUCUUGUUACAUGUACAUGUAUUCAGGAAAUAUUAUCAUUUGCCUCAGUCAAACAGAACCUCUGUGUGAAAUUUAUUUUCUCACUCUUAUGUAUUGUUUUCAAAUAUUUGUUUUGUUUCUUAGGGCCAGAAGUACCUGAGUUUCUGCAGUAUCGUGUCACAAGACAAAACAAAACUCAGAUGCCAUUGAAGAUAUCUUUGAUGGACAACUGUAUAAGAAGCACUUUGGGGAGGACGGAUUUUUUAGGGGUUCAUCCACACAGGACAAAAAGACACAGAUCCAUUUGUCCCUGCAAAUAAACACGGAUGGAGUUGCAAUUUUUAGGUCUUCAAAAUUUUCCAUAUGGCCGGUUUAUUUUAUUGUCAACGAAUUGCCUCCAAAUUGCAGGUAUGUAAUAAAAGCUUGAAUUUUUACCCUUGAUUAAACAUGUGCUGUAAGCGUUUUAAACAGCUUCAAACCUCCUCCCCAGCCGAGUAUUUCAUUUCUAUAGUAUUGCUAAAUAAUAUAUAAUUUCUUUUUUUUUUUUUUGAGUAUUGAUUAAAGAAUGUCAAACCAAAGUAACCAAAAUAACAAUGGUUGUAAAGUAUAGUCAUGUAAAUAAAUUAAUUGUGGAACUGAAGUACACAGUUUAAGCAUCUACUUGCCUUCAUGAUGCCACUACCAAAGAGAAAAUUCCACAGUUAAUAACCAAUAAGAGAAAAGAAAUUGUGAGAGAAGAGUAUCACUUAAUCUAACUGCAACACAUCAUAAUGAGCACUGAUAAUUUGCAGAAUUGCUAACUAGUAAGAAUUGUUUGUAACUCAUUCUUUGCUUGGUAACUGACCUAUCUUGAAAUGGACCGCUUUUUGCUUUUUUUUUUCAUUAAAAAAACAUAUUCACAUUUUUUUUUUUUUUUGUUAAAAAACUUCAUUCUUUCCCUUUAUUUUCUGUCCCUACAGGCAGCAGAGAAAGUACCGCAUGUUUGCUGGGCUUUGGUUCGGUGUCUCCAAGCCACAUUUCCAAACAUUUAUGCAGCCAUUCGCAAACUCACUAAAUGAUUUAUUCUUCAAAGGUAAGGUUUAUGUUUUUAAAAUCAGUCCCCAUUUUUUGUAUUACCUUAAAGCAUGCAUUUAUCUGCUACAUUCUAAUGUACAUAUAUGCACACUGUAGUCACAGCUACUCUCUAGUAUACUAUUAGUUCAGAAUGUUCAUAAUAAAUACAUUGUACAACUGUUGCUGUUUGACAUAAUUAUUACUCCCGAACUAUAUAUAAUUUACAAAGGGGGACAAAGGAAAUUGAGUCACUAUAGAGUGACUCACCGGACAACUUCCCUAAAACUUUGCUUUAUAUUUUUCUGUAAAGGUGACCUGUAUAUAGUGGUCACCUGUUAGUGUGCGAACGGAUGCAGUCACCCUUUAGACUUAGAUGCUAUUCAUUAACUUCCAGUAGAGUUUAAAGAGAACCUGUAUAUAACGCCACUUGGCCAUUUCCCAAGGGUGACCGUUAUACACAGGUUUAACUUACAACUCUGACUAAAGGAGAUUUGGCAUAAUACAUGUAGAUACAAAUGUGUGCUUUAAAUUAUUGAAAAUUAUUUUCAAUCAUUAUUUAGCAGCUACAUGUAUGUAUGAAUUUCAAAAUGCUUUGAUGUGUUAUCUGUUAUCAAUUAACUUUGAAGUCUAUAGAAAUUCUGCUGCCCUCAUUUCUACCCUAUGGGUCAACAUCUGAAUAGUCAGGAUUUUUUUGAUCCUUUUUUAUAGGGAUUGAUGUAAAGCUGAAUGGCAAGAACAUGUUGCUUCGCUGUAUUUUACUCUUAGGGACAUUUGAUGCCCCAGCAAAGUGCCUUUUCCAAGAGUUUUGUCAAUUCAAUGCCUUUUAUGGUUGCCCAUACUGCCUGAGCCCUGGCAAAACUGUGCAGACAAGUAGCAAAGGGCACACUCAUGCUUACCCAUUUGAUGAAGCAAAUCUCAGAACUGGUCAUGGGGAACCAAGAACACAUGAACAGACAUUAAAGUUUGCAGCUGAAGCUACCAAGGAAAGUGCUCAAAAGGGCAUCCCAAGUAGUGUUAAAGGGGUUAAAGGCUAUUCAUGGUUUAUGUUUAUUCCAAAGUUUGACAUCAUUAGAGGAAUAGCCAUUGACUAUAUGCACAGUACAUUACUUGGCGUGGUUAAGAUGUUGCUUACCCUUUGGAGUGACAAGACAUAUAAAGCAGAGCCAUGGUCUGUCUGUAAAAGAAUGAAAGAAAUUGAAGAGAGGUACCUAAAGAUUAGUCCUCCUUCUUGCAUCACGCCUUUCCCAGAAGCCUGAUAGCAAACUUUGGGCAUCUCAAAGCAUCUGAGUUAAGGACUUUCCUGUUGUUCUACUCUGUUCCAUGUCUGUAUGGUAUUCUUCCAGAAGAGUACUUUCAGCACUACCUUCACCUUGUGGAAGCCAUUUACCUUCUUCUCCAGGAUUCUAUCUCUCCGAAUGACAUUGUAAAGGCCUCUGCUUUAAUAAAGCAUUUCUGUAUCAGGAUAAAGGAACUUUAUGCAGCCCGCUAUGAAACUUUUAAUGUGCACUGUUUACUUCACAUGACAGAAAGAGUGAGAGAUCUUGGUCCACUGUGGACUCACUCUUGUUUUUGCUUUGAAGACUUCAAUGGGGAAUUAAGAAGCUUAUUUCAUGGUACACAAAGUGUGGAAGAACAGAUUGUGACAGCUGUCAGUGUGCAACAGAGAAUACCUGAGUUGGUUCCUCUCCUCGAAAGUGGAUCUAUGGCUCAAGAACUUUAUGAACACCUUUCAAGAAAGCGCCCCUUGCUUCCAAAAAGGAAAAACUUCCAGGCAACAGCAACUGCAGCAUCGUGGGCAACUUACAAAAUUAUGUCUUUACUGCUGUUGAGCGAGCUGUAGUCGAAUCCCUAAUUGGGCCAGUUCAAGAAGUGUAUCAGUUUUUCAGAUUACUCAUUGAGAGCAACUGAUUCACUCCAAGUUAUACAAAAGCAUGACAAGGAGAAACAACUUUACAAUAGAAUUUAAAGGCAACAGUGGGGAUUCACCACCUUCAUUUGGACAGAUUUUGUUCUAUUCCAAAAUAUAUUUACAUUGCCCCAACCCUUCAUUUUGUGCUAACUCAUGUAAAUGUAGGAAGCCACUGUUUUAUGCAUUGGUCAAAGUUCUGAAACCUAACAAGACUUUAGCAAUUGCUAAUGAUCCCUACACUGGUACUGCUGUUUCUCACCUGGUUCCAGUCAUCAGGAGUGACAAUAAUUGUAUCACUGCAAUUCCAGUGGACAACAUUAUUCGAUUAUGCUUUUUUUGUUGACUGUGGUAAUGACAAUACUCCCUUUGUGGGAAUGUUUCCUAAUCAGUACGAAAAAAGACUAAAAGCGUUUGAGUGGUUUUUUUGCAACUGUAAGUGCAUGGUAGCACCAUCAGAGCACCGUCACAGAUACAUGUAACAUGCAAAAUUAUGAUCCUGCAACACGAAUGGGUAGGUUUCAAGUGAAUUUUUGAGAGAGAAAAGAAAAUGUGUGCCAUUUAUUAAAAGCUGCCAUCUUUUCCUGUCAGGGCACGUAAACAAUUUUUUUUUAUUAAAACUAGCUUUUUUUAAUGUUUUUAUUAUAGCAAAAUAAUGUUGUGUAUCUUUCGAAAUUGCAUGACAUUGACCCCUUAACGAAGAUUGUGUAUGACAUAUCAGUCCCAAAAAUGUUGAUGUUGUUGCUGAAUUUCUCACAAUGCUAAUUUUUACAUGAACAAUGGACAAUAUUAUUUUAUAAGCAUUGGCCAGUGAGUGAUGAGUUGCAAAGAGCGAAAUAUAUAAUUUUUAAAUUACUGCAGUUUUACAGAUCUAUUAGAGAUAUGUCUUGUUUGUCCAGUUCUUGUUGUUCAAACGUAUUCCUUUCAUCAGCAUUUGGAAUUUCUCAGAGAUUCUCUAAUCAGGUACAUGUAAAACAGUAUUCUAGAGUUUGUUUCACUGAAAUUAUUUUUGGUAACCCUUCAAUUCAAUCAACAUAUGUGUUGUUUUUCUACUUUUGUUCCUGCUUUAAUUUAAUUUUUCUUUUGUUUGGGCAUGGUAAUGUAUGUGAAAUUUAAACCAGGGAAAAGUUGAACUACAACAUAUACUAUAUAUUUAUAUGUUGUUAUAUAUAAACUGUUUAUGCUAUACAAAGUAUACAAAAAGUAUACAUCAAAGCUUUACUUCCUAAUCAAUGAAGAUGUUUUUUAUACAACUUGGCAUCAAUGCAGCACUGAUGUAUACUUAUUGUACACAUCAGUGCUGUUUGAAGGCCUUGAGGUAUACUUGUUGUAUACGUCAUUGCUGCUUUAAAGUCCUGAGGUAUACUUGUUGUAUACAUCAUUGCUACUUAAAUGCAAGUGAUGUAUACAAAGAGUAUACAUCAUUUUUUUUUGCUAAGCCAAAUCUUGCUUGAUGUAUAUUUGAUGUAUACUAAAAAUGUACACCAUGGCAAUGUAAUACAUACGGUGUAUACUAUUUGUCUACAAAAAGUAUACUAUCAGUGCUCUAAUUUUGGUAAGGGUUACUAGUAGUUACUAGUAGUUACUGGUAGUUACUGGUAGUUACUAGUAGUUACUAGUAGUUACUAGUAGUUACUGGUAGUUACUGGUAGUUACUAGUAGUUACUGGUAGUUACUGGUAGUUACUAGUAGUUAGUAGUAGUUACUGGUAGUUACUAGUAGUUACUGGUAGUUACUAGUAGUCACUGGUAAUUGCUGGUAGUUACUAGUAGUUACUGGUAGUUACUAUUAUUUACUGGUAGUUACUAGUAGUUACUAGUAGUUACUGGUAGUUACUGGUAGUUACUAGUAGUUACUAGUAGUUACUGGUAGUUACUAGUAGUUACUGGUAGUUACUAGUAGUUAGUAGUAGUUACUGGUAGUUACUAGUAGUUACUAGUAGUUACUGGUAGUUACUAGUAGUUACUAGUAGUUACUAGUAGUUACCGGCAGUCACCAGUAGUAGCAGCAGCAGUCACCGCAGCCACCGGCAGUCACCAGCAGUCACCAGCAGUCACCGGCAGUUGCACCAGCAGUCACCGGCAGUCACCAGCAGUCACCAGCAGUCACCGGCAGUCACCAGCAGUCAAUAGCAGUCAAUCACCUACCUAGCAGCAGUGGCAGUCACCGGCAGCAGGCACCAGCAGUCACCGGCAGUCACCAGCAGUCACCAGCAGUCACCGGCAGUCACCAGCAGUCACCGUCACCAGCAGCAGUCAUCGGCAGUCACCGGCAGUCACCAGCAGUCACCAGCAGUCACCGGCAGUCACCAGCAGUCACCGGCAGUCACCGGCAGUCACCAGCAGUCACCAGCAGUCACCAGCAGUCACCGGCAGUCACCAGUGCCAGUCCAGCAGUCAGCCAGCAGCAGUCACCGGCAGUCACCGGCAGUCACCAGCAGUCACCGGCAGUCACCAGCAGUCACCAGCACUUUCGGCAGUCACCGGCAGUCAGCCAGCAGUCCACCGGCAGUCACCAGCAGUCACCGGCAGUCACCAGUACCCAGUAGUCACCGGUAGUCACUAGCAGUCAGGCAGCAGUCACCAGCAGUCACCGGCAGUCACCAGUAGUCACCAGCAGUCACCAGCAGUCACCGGCAGCCACCGGCAGUCACCGGCAGUCACUGGCAGUCACCAGUAGUCACCGGCAGUCACCAGCAGUCACCGCAGUCACCAGCAGCCACCAGCAGCCACCGGCAGUCACCGGCAGUCACCAGCAGUCACCAGCAGGCACUCAGUAGUCACCGGCAGUCACCGGCAGUCACCAGCAGCCACCGGCAGUCAGCAGCAGUCACCGGCAGUCACCAGCAGUCACCAGCAGUCACCGGCAGUCACCAGCAGCCCACCAGCAGUCACCAGCAGUCACCAGCAGUCACCGGCAGUCACCAGCAGUCACCAGUCAGCAGCCACCAGCAGUCACCGGCAGUCACCGGCAGUUAUUAGUAAGCUACUGGCAGUCACUAGUAGUUACCGGCAGUCACCAGCAGUAGUUAGUGGUAGUUACUAGUAGUUACCAGUAGUUAUUAGUAGUUACUGGUAGUCAUCAGCAUUUACUAGUAGUUACUGGUAGUUGCCACCGGCAGGUUUACUGGCAGUUACCGGUAAGUUACUAGUAGUUAUUGAUUACGGCAGUCACCGCAGUUUCAGAAGCAGUCACCGGAAGUCACCAGCAGUUACCGGCAGCCGCCAGCAGUCACCGGCAGUCACCAGUAGUUACUAAUAGUUACCGCUAGUUACUGGUAACAUUAGUACCCCACCGGCAGUCACCCAGCAGUCACCGGUGUCACCAGCAGUUGUUGGUGCCACCAGCAGUCACCGGCAGUCAUUGUCGGUAGGUUAUCAGCAGUCACCGGCACCACCGCCCGGCAGUCACCGGCAGCCGCCUGCAGCCGCCACCAGCAGUCACCGGCAGUCACCAGCAGUUACUGGCAGUCAUCAGGAAGUCACCGGCAGUCAGGCAGUCAUUCCGCAGCCACCAGCAGUCACCAGUGUCGAUGGCAGUCACCGCAGCUUACCAGUAGCCGAUAGCAGUCAUCAUUGCCAACAGCAGUCACCGGCAAUCACCAGCACUUCACCGGCAGUCACUAUAGCCGCCGUGGUAGCAGUCACCGGCAGCUGCUGGCAGUCACCAGCAGUCACCAGCAGUAUUAACAAAUAUUGUUGUCAUUUUUAGUAGAGUUUUUAUUUGCAGAAAGUUUAUUCUUAGCUUGAUAUGUUUUUGUUAGCCCAUUGGUUUUAUACAUUUAAAGUGACAUGUAUUUCAUUCUCAAUGUCGUAACUCUUUGCCUUUAAUUUUAUUUCUACUAAUUUAUAAAAUGACUAUGUCAGCGACAUCAUUAAGGGAUGAUUUUAUAAAUUAGUAGAAAUAAAAUUAAAGGAAAAGAGUUAUGAUAUUGAGAAUGAAAUACAUGUCACUUUAAAUGGAAUGUAUGAGCCAACCUGUCAUUCUGUGUAAAGGCAUAUCAAGUUUAAGAAAAACUUUCACAAAUAAAGUCUACUUAAAGUGAUUGCUUUGUGUGAACAUUGCUUUCAUGCCACAUUGACGGAACCUAAAGGAGAGGAAUUGAGAACGCCGAGAGUCCUAAUGUUUCCCGAGACGAGGUCAACAAGGGAAACAUCAUAACUUGACGAAAAAUAUAACUAACUGUUUUUCGGGGACCUAACAUUAAGUGUUCUGUUAUAUUACUAGACGCUCACUUCAACAGCGCCAAUAGAAAUAGUCCAAGCAAAUAAAAACAGUCGACUAAUCAGUAAUUACCGGCAACUAUUAGAAACUACCAGCAACUACUAGUAACUACCAGCAACUACUAGUAAAUACCAAUAACUUAUACCAUCAACCAACUACCAGUAACUAUCGACAACUACUAGAAACUACCAGUAACUACUAGUAACUACCGACAACUACUAGUAACUACCAGUAACUACGUAUAACUACCAAUAACUACUAGUAAAUACCAAGAACUACUAUUAACAACUAGUAACUACUAGUAACUACCGACAACUACUAGUAACUACCAGUAACUACUAGUAACUACCAGUAACUACUAGUAACUACCAGUAACUACCGAUAACUACUAGGAACUACUAGUAACUACCAGUAACUACUAGUAACUACUAGUAACUACCAGUAACUACUAGUAACUACUAGUAACUACCAGUAACUACCAGUAACUACUACUAACUACUAGUAACUACCAGUAACUACUAGUAACUACUAGUAACUACCAGUAACUACUAGUAACUACUAGUAACUACCAGUAACUACCAGUAACUACUAGUUACUACCAGUAACUACUAGUAACGACCGACAAUUACUAGUAACUACCAGUAAAUACUAGUAACUACUAAUAACUACCACUAACUACUAGUAAAUACCAAAAACUACCAUCAACUACUAGUAACUACUAGUAACUACCAGUAACUACUAGUAACUACUAGUAACUACCAGUAACUACUAGUAACUACCAGUAACUACUAGUAACUACUAGUAACUACCAGUAACUACUAGUAACUACUAGUAACUACCAGUAACUACUAGUAACUACUAGUAACUACCAGUAACUACCAGUAACUACUAGUAACUACUAAUAACUACCACUAACUACUAGUAAAUACCAAAAACUACCAUCAACUACUAGUAACUACUAGUAACUACCAGUAACUACUAGUAACUACCAGUAACUACUAGUAACUACUAGUAACUACCAGUAACUACUAGUAACUACUAGUAACUACCAGUAACUACUAGUAACUACUAGUAAGUACCAGUAACUACUUAACUAACUACUAGUAACUACCAGUAACUACUAGAAACUACCAGUAACUACUAGUAACUACCAGUAACUACCAGUAACUACUGGUAACUACUAGUAACUACUAGUAACUACCAGUAACUACUAGUAACUACUAGUAACUACUAAUAACUACCAGUAACUACCAGCAACUACUACUAACUACUAGUAACUACCAGUGACUACUAGUAACUACCAGUAACUACUAGUAACUACUAGUAACUACCAGUAACUACCAGUAACUACUACUAACUACUAGUAACUACCAGUAACUACUAGUAACUACUAGUAACUACCAGUAACUACUAGUAACUACCAGUAACUACCAGUAACUACUAGUAACUACUAGUAAAUACCAGUAACUACUAGUAACUACUAGUAACUACUAGUAACUACCAGUAACUACUAGUAACUACUAGUAACUACCAGUAACUACCAGUAACUACUACUAACUACUAGUAACUAGCAGUAACUACUAGUAACUACUAGUAACUACCAGUAACUACUAGUAACUACUAGUAACUACCAGUAACUACUAGUAACUACUAGUAACUACCAGUAACUACCAGUAACUACUACUAACUACUAGUAACUACUAGUAACUACUAGUAACUACCAGUAACUACUAGUAACUACUAGUAACUACCAGUAACUACUAGUAACUACUAGUAACUACCGGUAACUUCCAGUAACUACUAGUAAGUACCAGUAACUACCAGUAACUACUAUUAACUACUAGUAACUACCAGUAACUACUAGUAACUACUAGUAACUACUAGUAACUACCAGUAACUACUAGUAACUACUAGUAACUACCAGUAACUACUAAUAAUUACUAGUAACUACCAGUAACUACUAGUAACUACUAGUAACUACCGGUAACUACUAGUAACUACUAGUAACUACCAGUAACUACUAGUAACUACUAGUAACUACCAGUAACUACCACUAAAUACUACUAACUACUAGUAACUACCAGUAACUACUAGUAACUACCAGUAACUACCAGAAACUACUACUAACUACUAGUAACUACC